AGAACAGGAAACAUGAACGAUAUCCUACGUGACAAGAACAGGAAACAGGGACAAAUCGAUAACUUCAAGCUAAAAGAGAGAGAGAGAAAUAUGGUAAUAACCAAACUCCAAAAUGAAGACUCACCAAACAAUUAUGUCGAUUGCUACUCAGGAAUUUAAACCUGUAAUACAGAAUAUAUGAUUAAUACAUAAUUGUAUACAACCAAAACGUCAAUGAGUAAGUAUAAAAUCCAUGUUAAUAGUAAAAUCUGGAAAUUUUAUUAAAGACACGGAGGCUCAUAUUAUGCAAGUUUAAAGCUGCACUAUUACUUGAGAUGCGAUGUGCUCAAUUGGUCUGAAAUAGAAGUUACGGAAGGUCGAUUCCCGAGACCAAUCCGCAGCUUGCAUAAUGUCUUCUAGACAACAGCAGACCGCAGAAGCCUUCAAAGCCAUACCACGUACUGAAUGAGGCGUGAAGAUAGAAGUGUCAAUUCCGGCUAAAGAUAGAGGCCAGUGCACCCAACGUUCAAGAGUCGGGGUCAAUACCGGACGGUAAGGAGACCUAAAUGAAACGAAUAACGGAUGCAAAUCCAACGAACGAAGAGAUCGCGUAGCAUCCAGAUAAGCCUUCAGACAAUCCACCGGACAGAGUGCUGGACUCCCUGAGAAUCUAGGGUACACAAACGACUUGGAUGCUGAUUUAGUCCUCCUGGAUAUGUUGAAAGAAACACCUUCAGGAGUAAAAGUAAUGGCGUCCCAAUCAAGGGCCCUGACGUCAGACACUCUCUUACACGAAAUCAAGCAGAGUAGCAUCACUAACUUAGAGGAUAACUGUUUAAGUGUCAGUCCUUGGUUAGGGUUCCAUGACGAUAAAAACUGCAACAUCACGUUGACGUCCCAGAAGGCAGAGAAAUGAGGCCUGGGUGGGCGAGCGAGGCGAACACCCUUGAGAAGGCGACAUACAAAAGGAUGUCUGCCGACGGGUGAACCAUCCACACCCUUAUGGCCUGCCGAAAUAGCUGAACGGAAAAGGUUGAUAGUGCGAUAAGUAUUGUCCCGAAUCAAACAUGAGAGUGAGGAACUCCAAGAUCAAAUGGAGAGGUGCCGAUACGGGAUCCACUGACCGUCCCAUGCACCAACUAGACCACGAACUCCAUGAAGAUCUGUAAGCUGCUCUUGUACCUGGAGCCCAUGCGUUAUCGAGGAGUAGGAGCCGCGCCAUCAGGGGCAGCUGGCCUCGUAACACCAAUCCAUGCGAGUUCCCAUCUAGAUCCAGAAGAAGUUCUUGGAAACUCGGGAUCAACCGUGGAUAAUCUAUCGACAACUCCAGCAGUCGCGGGAACCACGGUUGAGACCUCCACAGAGGGGUGAUCAAUGUCAGAGAAUAACUAUGACGGACCAGUUUUGAGAUCGUGCGAGCAAUCAUGUUGAAUGGGGGAAAGGCAUACAGGAGACCCGUCGGCCACUCCUGAAGGAAAGCGUCUGUUGCCACUGCAUCCGGGUCUGGUCUCCAACUGUAAAAGUCCGGUAACUGAGUGUUCAGGCGGGAUGCCAACAAGUCUAUCACAAACCGACCCCAUAACCUGUCUAGACUCCGAAACACCGAAACUUGUAAGUGCCAAUCUCCAGAGUCUCGUAAAUGUCUGGAGUUCCAAUACGCACUCGAAUUGUCCAUAACUGGGAUGUGUUCCGCUGUCACGGAAACAUUGUUGUAUAGACAAAACUGCCAGAAAUCUUUUGCUAAAAGUGUCAACAUCUUGGAUUUGGUUCCCCCAAGUUGGUUUAUAUAACGUACCGCUGACACAUUGUCCAUCUUGAGGAGAACACAGCAAUCUGCUCGGCCCGGAGUAAGGCUGCGAAUCGCAAAGGCACCCGCCAAGCGUGCCCCCCAACCGUGUAAGCUGGCGUCGGACUCGAUCACCACGUCUGGUAUGGAUCCAAAUAUUGCGCGCCCGUUCCAAGCCUCCAUGUGGGCCAACCACCACACCAGUUCGUCUCUGGAUUCGUUAUCCAGCUGUAUCCUGGAGUCGUACGAAUGACCUGAACGGAGGUGCGGACCUUUCAGUCGUUGGAGGGCCCAGUAGUGCAAUGGUCCUGGAAAGAUCGCCUGAAUGGAGGCCGCAAGUAGACCGAUAAUCCUCGCCAAUUGCCUGACUGACAAGUCCGAUACCCGAAAGGCCCUCCGAAGGUCUUUUUGAAUGGCUUUCAUCUUGCAUUCUGGGAGGAACAGGAAUUGUUGGAUGGAAUCCACUUUGAACCCCAAGAACUCUACCGACUGAGCGGGCGUCAGGAUUGACUUGUCCCAGUUGAUCAUGAACCCCAAGUUCUGGAGCAGGUUGACCGUCCAGUCCACAUGUACUUGCAGCUGGUCUCUGGACUGGGACAUGAUGAGAAUGUCGUCCAGGUAAAUAAUGAGGCGUACGCCACACGUACGGAGGAAUGUCACCACCGAUCUCAUGAUCUUGGUGAAGCACCAAGGAGCUGAUAAUAGACCGAACGGUAGACAUGUAAAACGCCACCGUCUCCCGUGCCAGGUGAAAUGGAGGUAGUCUCUGUGUUCCAUCGCGAUGGGGACUGUGAAAUAUGCGUCCUUCAGAUCUAGCUUGGCCAUCCAAUCCGACGCACAGAGGAGGUCUCUGAGGCAAUGUAUGCCCUCCAUCUGAAAAUGCUGGUACCGGAGGAACGCGUUGAGGGGUCGGAGAUUUAUCACCGGACGUACACCACCCCCUUUCUUUACCAGGAAGAGGUUGCUCGUAAAGCCUGGGGCGGUAAGCGGCAACUCUUCUAUUGCGCCUUUUGACAACAUCUCCUUGAUUUCCGUGGAAAUCAUCUCCUCCUGUUCCGAGGGAAGGGACAGUUCUCUGGGGACAGACAAUUGGACAGGCAGAGAUACAAACUCGAGGUGAUCACCCCGUACUGACUGUAACACCCAAACAUCCGAGGUCAUAGCUGCCCACCCCCGGCAGAAUAAGGCCAACCUUCCCGCCACCCGUACUUGAGCGAGAAGGGAAGAAUGGGUACUCACCAUAAGGACGUCUGCCCGAAGUGGCACCGCAGGGGUAUCUGGAACCCCAUGACUUCCCUCUAGCUGGGAAGAAGGGAGGAGCUCUCAGAUCCUGGAAGCCCCGGGAGGGGAAAAAGGAACCUCUGUUGGCUUGGAAUGAGCCCCUGAAUUCACGGCCGGGAGGACGGUUCCUACCACGCCCGGCCCCCUACGAAAACCUUAGGUGCAAACAUGCACUUCAUAUUGGCCUGGGCUUUAUCAAUGGCCGUAAAAGUUUUAAUGUAGGAUCCCAGGUCUUUCACGAAGGUAUCACCAAAUAACAUCCCCUCGUUGGAUGAACUCGGUUCCGCCACCAUCAUGGCAGCCAAUUUGGGGUUGAUUUUCAGCAAAAUCGCUUUACGUCUUUCCGCUGACAUAUCGGUAUUCGCAUUCCCCAGAAGACAAAUACCCCGCUGGACCCAUCCUAUGGCCACAUCGACAUCCAGGACUGAGUCGCCAGCUGUAGCGGCAUCCAGCAGAUCAUACAGUUUCAAAGGGUCCAGGGUAUCCAAAAUUUUGUCCUGGCAUCCCUUCAGGGAAUAAUCCAGGCCCUUUUUAGGCUUCCAGCCAGACUUGUUCAAAACUUGCGUGAUCUGGGGGUCAAUCUCAGGGAUCUUGCAGGCCAAGCCCAGCAGGGAAGGCCUGGGGCACUCAGCGCGUAAUUUAUUGUGGCCCUCCUUAGAAAGGGGGGUGCGCAUGCGUCAUGCAACAUAUUGUGCGAUAUACCCUGGGGGUUCCCACUCGGCUGACGCAUGUCAUCUGGGUCGAACAGGGGUUGCCCUGCGGAUCCAACAGUGCCGCACCAUCCCCAGUGGGGCCAGGUAAAAGACCUUGUGUAGUGGUAGAGGUCCCAGAAGGGGUAACACCCGUAUGGAGUAAAUCCUCACCCGACUCAGCCUCAUCGUAAGAGGCGUAAUCUAGCACGUCUGAGUCAGCUUCCGCACUCCGGUCGGUAUCCGACCCUUCCUCUUGGCCCUAGCCUGUUUCCAUAGUCUAGCCUUUUUAGCCUGGCCAGGGGCUCUUUUGCACGUAUGAGGAGCGCUAUCUGUGACCUCCUCAGGCAUGUCUAUCAUGGCAGGUAGAACCUGAAUCGAGGAGUGGGAGUUGACGUGCUUAGCCUUUGCCCCACGCCUACGGGCACCAGGCAAGACAGGGGCAGGCGGGGGGGUCCCGGUACUCAGGGGGGUGGGGGCCGCCAUAGAGGGUAAUAACAUGGCUUGCAAGGACUGGGAGAACGAUGUGGACACCGCUCCCAUGGCAGAUGCAAAGGCCUUCUGCAAGGAUGAGGCCAUAGUGGCAUCCAGUAAGGCUUUAAAUUCUUGGGAGGCUACAGCACCUUCAGGGUCAUCCUGGGUGUAGGCCUCUGCAAGGCCCUCAGGCCCCUCAUCCUUAUCUUGCAUACUAAAGCCAAAGAAAUAUCAGAACACUAGUGGAAAAGGAAACAACAGGGUUGAGUAACCCACAGCAGUAAAUAUUAAAUCACAAACAACCUGACUGUAGGUGUGCCCAGGGGUAUUAGCGGUCUGCAAAACCGAGCAGCGAUCAGAUCGAGGCUGCAGGGAGCAGAGAGACCGGCCGCGAGUAAGCUCUGCCCAGAACAUGGCCGCCGCACAUGGGAGCCGGGCAGAGCCUGCUCGCGGCCAGAGAACAGGCGGGGGAAGGGGUGCGUACACAGCGCCCGCGCGGGCCCCAUGAGAGCGAGGAUGGGCCGCAGUCGAUAGCAAGCCGCGGGAAAGAAGUGCCCGCGGCCCGCGAAUCACCCACAGAAGGGGCAGACGCCACAGUGAGGCAAGGAGACAGUCUCCCAGGUGGGAGAACCGCAGGCCCAAAGGGGAUCCCCACUAGGCACACCAAGUGCAAACACAACAGGAAUACAUAUAAUAAACAGCAAUGUACAAGUAAUAAACACAAUGCAAAUGCAGUGUACAAUUAUAAAACACAAAGCAAAUGACCAAGAUACAGAAAUAUCAAGGAAAAUAAAAAUCACAUGAGGAGCAAAAAUAUACUUAGCUGGUCUGAGGGAGCAGCAAAGAAAGAGGAGGAUUGUGGGAGACACAGGCCUUUUAUAGUCACUUCCUCUGUUAUGUGAUUGGUUGCCUGUGUGCCUAUACAGUUUUUUCUUUCAUUUUGAUAAUAUUUAUAUUCCUCUAUCUUUGCUGCUGAGGGAAUAAAGAAAGAGUUAUGCAUAAUAUGAGCCUCCGUGUCUUUAAUAAAAUUAAAAUCCGGCCUGCAAAGUUUAAGCUAAAUCAAUCAAGCUGUGCCUAUAAGUGUUGAAUAAUUGUUUUUCUAAAUCAGUAUUUUUGUCAUAGCAAUUUGUUGUUCAAUUCCCUACAAUCCACGGUUUUGUAAAUAAAGCUUGUAUAGACUUCAGUCAGAAAAAGAAAGUAAUAAGGAAUACAUUUUAUUAUAUUUUUUAUAAAUUAACGCUGGGCUCCAAUGCCACUCCUUUUUGCUUCCUUAUUCCUGACCUUACUAUACAAACAUGUAACUCUAGUAUCACCCAUCUUGUACUCACACCUUGCUAACCAGGGAGGAAAAGAAAAAGUAGGCUCUAAAAGCACUUAUUUGCUACUGUGCAAAAUAAGCCGUUUACCAUGGCUUUAUUAUGCAAGUCUUUUUUUUUUUUUCCACCCAGUCAGUGUUGCUUUCUGCUUUUUGCUGCAGCAUUUGCUUGUUUAAGCUGCAAUGACGUCCUGUGACCACCGGGGGCAGUGCCAACAAGCUUUUUUUUUUUUUUUUUUUUUUAAAUAUUUCAGUGCCUUUUUUUUUCCCUCCAUGGUUUCUCCUCCUCGCUCUUGCGAGUAACUUGGCGUUUGGUCUCAGCAGCUUCCAACACGUUUCCUAUAUACAGAGAGAUCGCUCGGAUUGUCUCCCUCCAUUAAGGACACAUCGGGCUGCUCUUUUGCAAGCAGAGCACUGUGCAAGCUCCCACCCCCUCCCUUCCAAACUUUUUUUUUUUUUUUUAUUUCUCAACGAGAACACCUAGCCAGGAAUUAAAUUAAAUAAAAAAAAAAAAGAAAAAUAAUAUCUUCCAGGGGGAAUCACGAAAAAAAAAAGAAAACAAGAAGAUGGACAUGAAAAGAAGAAUUCACCUGGAGCUAAGGAACAGAACGCCGUCUGAUGUAAGCGUUCUUUAAUUCUUAAUAUUGUUUAUAGAAAUAGAACACAUCUAUCUAUUUAAUGGAAAUGGCUGGGCUCGUCGCAUAAUCCCCAUGAAGUGCAUGCCUGUCCAUAGUCAUGUUAUUAUUUAUUGCCUUUCUGCAAACUAACUGGGCAAAGGGCUUGAAUGAUGCCUUUUACUUUACUUUUAGCCUUAUUCUUUGCCUAGAAUUGGGACCACAUGGGUUUGUUAUUUAUUUAUUUAGACUGCCUUCUAUUUUUAUGGAUCACCCACCCCUUGAUAGAAAGAGUCGACUAAACGUUAUUUGGCCACCCUUUUAUUUUUUUGUAUUUUUUUUUUGUUUUACGAUAAGUCAGAUUAAGCUAUAUGUUGUUUUUUUUUUUUUUUUAUGUAGAUAUUGCACGUUAAUAAUUUUAUGUCUUUGUAUUUUUUUUUUAUUUUUUAUUUUUAUGGUGGUUGGUGUAGGAUUUGGCUUUUAACUACCUCUCGCCCCCAACAAAAAUACUUGAAUCAAAGCAAAAUUAUUUAAUAAUUUAGAAUGUUUAAUAAUAAAUAGAAAUAUGAUCGCAUAGAAAUAAUAAUAAAAAACACUAGCUCCACACUAUGCUGUUUUCUAAAACAAUGCUGAGUUGGAGAAUGAGAUUUUGUAAAACUUGACUUCUAAACCCUGCUUUUAUUUAUUUAUUUGUUUAGGGGGGUGAUCUUUACAAGGAGGGUGAUCAUUCAAAGUGUGAGUGAGUUAGUUGCCAGUAUGAAAGGAGGAGGUGGGAUGGCGUUAUGGAAAAUAAGAUUUAGAUUGAUGGUUUCAUUGGUUUUCGGAGUUUUAAGUUCCCUUUUUCAACACCCUUCUUCACUGUUUUCUUUCUUUUUUUUUUUUUUUGCUAGCACACUGGUAGCCAUGUUUUGCAAAUUUGAUGUUAACCGGUCGCCGUUUAGAGAGCUCUUAAAGCAUGAUUUUAAAGCCAGGGCUUCUAUUGCUAGUUUAGCUCCUUUGAUGUCUUGUUUCCACCCUUGCAGUCUAUGACACCAUUCUGUGGGCUUUGAUUCUUAAAUACUGUCAGUUUCUUGUUUACAAUCUGUCCUACGUUUGAAAUAGGGUUGUAACUCUGGUUAGUUAUAUUUCCUUUUUACUAUACGAUUACGGUGCAGUGUUGUGAUGGUGUUUGUCUAGGGGCAGAAGCUAAAACCCUCUCAUUUUGUAUUUAACCUUCCCCUUGUUAGCAAGCAGUUUGGCAGAUCAGGACUUUACUCUCUGGGUUUACAUGAUUAGCACAGUAUACAGACUAACCCGAGAAACACAUUGCAUUGACAACCCGGCGAGACAGAUUGAAUGCACAUGAACAAUGCAGGGUAUUUUAAUAUCUUCUCGUGGAUGACCUAUACAUAACAUGCAAUGUGGAGGUUUCAUUUGGUGUGUUUACAUCAUAGACGUCAACAGUAAAGUUAGGCUUGGCAUUAAAAAUAUUUGGGAUAAUUAAAAUAACAUGGUUGUGGCAAAAUGCAAUAUAUAUAAUUCACUAUGUAUUAUAUUAUUGCGCUACAUGGGAAGUGAAAGUGAUUUUUGUGUACAUGGAGAGCUGGGGAAGGGGCAUAGCAUGUAUUUGAGGUAUUCUGUCUCCUGGCAAUGCUAGGCUGUGUGUGGGAAGGUUAUGGAAGUAGACUGCACCUCUGGGAGCAAUACACAGAGGACCCUCCUACUGUGCCGCCCCCCCCCCCCACAUGGCUCUUUCAUACUGUGCUUCCCAUGGCUUGCUUCAUACUGUGCUGCAUCCCCCCUUCCGGCUGGCAUCAUGUUGUGCUGCAUCCCCCUUCCAUGGUUGGCGCGUCAUGCUGUGCUGCAUCCCCCUCCACAUGGCUGGCGUCAAUACACUGUGCUGCAUCCCCCCAGGCUGGCAUACUGUAAGCAUCCCCCCACCCACGGCUGGUUUCCAUACUGAGCUGUAUCUCCCUCCCCCCCAUAGCUGGUAACAUACGUGCUACAUCCCCCAUAGCUGGUAUCAUACCGUGCUGCAUCCUCUAUAGCUGCAUCAUACUGUGCUGCAUCAUCCCCCAUAGCUGGUAUCAUACUGUGCUGCAUCCCCCAUGGCUGACAUCAUGCUGUGCUGCAUCCCCCUUCCAUGGCUGCACCAUGUUGUGCUGCAUCCCCUUCCAUGGCUGGCAUCAUGCUGUGCUGCAUCCCCCCCUUCCAUGGCUGGCAUCAUGCUUUGCUGCAUCCCCCCCUUCCAUGGCUGGCAUCAUGCUUUGCUGCAUCCCCCCCUUCCAUGGCUGGCAUCAUGCUUUGCUGCAUCCCCCCCUUCCAUGGCUGGCAUCAUGCUUUGCUGCAUCCCCCCCUUCCAUGGCUGGCAUCAUGCUUUGCUGCAUCAUGUUGCUUCUGUUCCUUCCAUGGCUGGCAUCGCUUUUGCUGCAUCCCCUUCCAUGGCUGGCAUCAUGCUUUGCUGCAUCCUCUCAUGGCUGGCGCCAUACUGUGCUGCAUCCCCAGGCUUGGCAUACUGUGCUGUAUUCUCCCCAUGGCUGGGCAUACUGUGCUGUAUCCCCUCAUGGCUGGCUUCAUACUGUGCUGCAAUCCUCUCCCCAUCAUGGCUGGCUUCUACUGUGCUUCAAUCUCCUCCUACACCUCCAUGGCUGGCUUCAUACUGAUACUGUGCUGUACCUCCAAAAAAAUGGAUGGGUUCAUACUGUACUGCAUUCCUGCUCCAUCCUCCCCCGCCCCCCCCAACGGCUGGCUCCAUGCUGUGCUGCAUCCCCGGCUGGCUGGCUCCAUACUGUGCUGCAUCUCCCCAAUGGCUGGCUCCAUACUGUGCUGCAUCCCCCCCAUGGCUGAGAAACCAUACUGUGUGCUGCCAUCCCCCAUGGCUGGCUCCAUGCUGUGCUGCAUCCCCCAUGGCUGGCUCCAUGCUGCAUCCCCCCCAUGGCUGUGGCAGCUCCAUACUGGGCUGCAUCCAUAGCUGGCUCCAUACUGUGCCAUCCCCCCAUGGCUGGCUCCCAUACUGUGCUGCAUCCCCCCAUGGCUGGCUCCACAUACUGUGCUGCAUCCCCCAGUGGCUGGCUCCAUGCUGUGCUGCAUCCCCCAGUGGCUGGCUUCAUACUGCGCUGCACCCCCAGUGGCUGGCUUUGCCUUUCGCGCUGCAUCCGCCAGCCGGCGGCAUCAUGCGGGCUGUGCCCCCCCCCCCCCCAUGGCUGGCAUCAUGCUGAGCUGUGCCCCGCGUGGCAUCAUGCUGUGCUGCAUCCCCCCUUCCCAUGGAUGGCUCCCAUAUUGUGCUCUAUUUCCCCCCUCCCCCCUCAUGGCAGGCUCCAUAUAUGCGGCAUCCCAAUGGUUGAAAACCAUGCACGGUGCUGCACCCCUCCCAAUGGCUGAAAACCAUGCGGUGCUGCACCCCUCCCAAUGGCUGGCUCCAUGCAGUGCACCUCAAUGGCUGGCUCCAUGCGGUGCUGCACCCCUCCCAAUGAAACGGCUCCGCCACGGUGCUGCACCCCGCAAUGGCUGGCUCCCUGCGGUGCUGCACCCCUCCCAAUGACGACCCGCUCACGGUUAUGCACCCCUCCCAAUAGCUGGCUCCAUGUGAUUGCUGCCCAAUGGCUGGCUUCAUACUGUGCUGCACCCCCCCCCAAUGGCUGGCUUCAUAUUGCGCUGCACCCCCCUCAAUGGCUGGCUUCAUACUGUUCUGCAUCCCUCCAAUGGCUGACAUCAUACUGAGCUGUGCUCCCCCCCCCCUUUUUCCCAUGGCUGUCUUGCUGCCUCUCCCCCCUUCCAUGGAUGGCUCCAUACUGUGCCUCUACCCCAUGGCAGGCUCCAUACUGUGCUCUUACCCCAUGGCUGAAGCCAUACUGUGCUCUAUCCCCCAUGGCUGGCUCCAUACUGUACUCUACCCCAGGCUGGCUCCAUACUGUACUCUAUCCCCCAAGGCUGGCUCCAUACUGUACUCUAUCCCCUCCCAUGGCUGGCUCCAUACUGUACUCUAUCCCCUCCCAUGGCUGGCUCCAUACUGUACACUAUCCCCUCCCAUGGCUGGCUCCAUACUGUACUCUAUCCCCCCCAUGGCUGGCUCCAUACUGUACUCUAUUCCCCCAAGUGGCUCCAUGCUGUACUCCUAUCCCCGUGGCUCCAUGCUGGCCUCUAUCCCCCAUGGCUAGCUCCAUACUGUCUCUAUCCCCCAUGGCUAGCUCCAUACUGUGCUCUAUCCCCCCAUGACUGGCUCCAUACUUGUACUCUAUCCCCCCCCCCAUGGCUUGCUCCAUACUGUGCUCUAUCCACCCCCUUCCCCAUGGCUGGCUCCAUGCUGCCUCUAUCCCCCGACUUUUAUGCUGUACUCUAUCCCCAUGGCUGGCUUCGCUUUGCUCUAUCCCCCCAUGGCUGGCUCCAUACUGUAUAUCCCACCCCCCUUCCCAUGGCUGGCUCCAUGCUGUGCUCACAGCAUCUCCCCAUGGCUGACUCCAUACUGUGCUAUAUCUCCCCAUGGCUGACUCCAUACUGUGCUCUAUCCCCUCCCAAGGCUGGCUCCAUGCCUCUCUCUUUAAUGGCUGGCUCCUUUUGUACUCCUAUCCCCCCAGGCUGGCCAUACUGUACUCUAUCCCCCCCCAGGCUGGCUCCAUACUGUGCUCUAUCCCCCCAGGCUGGCUCCAUACUGUACUCAUCCCCAGGCUGGCUCCAUACUGUACUCUAUACUGUACUCUAUCCCCCCCCCAGGCUGGCUCCAUACUGUACUCUGUCCCCCCACUCCCUAUAGCAGGCAGUAUAUGUACAGACAGGCUCUGUGUAUGGCAGAGGGUGUAAUGGCCAGCAGUCUGAUCGCCAUGGCGAUGCCACCGAUGACGUAUCAAUAACAAUAUCUUAUGACCCACAUUACGUAAUAAGCUGUGGGUGUCGGUGUGAGGCUGUGCGACAUGUAAUGUGAGCGGGCUGGGACUCUGGCCGACAUCUUCCUCACCCCCUCCCCCCUCCUCUUCCUCCCCGUCAGUCGGGCGGGAAAUCUCGGACAGAGGGGACAAUGGGCGGAAUGAGUCCCUGGAUACAGACAGUGUGCGGGGCCCGGCCAGCCAUGGGGUAUCCAUCCACCCCGUGCCAUGUCGGGGGAGGAGGAGACAGCGCCAUGUUGUCCUCUUGUCUUCCUCUCCUGCUCCAUGCUCGCUGUGCUCUCCGGGCUCCUCCUGCCGUGCCAGCUGCAAUGCCCCCCGGCCGGGCUCCAUGUUGCCCCAGCUGGGUGUAUGUGUCCGGCAUGGCGCAGGGUCCUCCACCUCCCUCUCUCUCCCCUCAGUUGAUGUCCCCCCCCCCCCUCUCUCUCUCCCCUCAGAUGAUGUCCUCCCUCUCUCUCUCUCUCCCCUCAGAUGAUGUCCUCCCUCUCUCUCUCUCUCCCCUCAGAUGAUGUCCUCCCUCUCUCUCUCUCUCCCCUCAAAUGAUGUCAUCUCUCUCUCUCUCUCUCCCCUCAGUUGAUGUCCUCUCUCUCUCUCUCUCCCCUCAGAUGAUGUCCUCCCUCCUCCUUCCCCUCUGUCUAUAUCUGUCUCUUUGUCUGCUGUGCCUCUUCUACAUCUCCCUGACUUGCUGUAUUCUGAGCUAGACUAGAUGAUUUGUAUUUUAUUAUUUAAACCAUUUUUAAAUAAAAUUAUGGCAGCCCAGAUACCUCUGAACUACAUUCUCUGUGAUAACGUGGCAGAACGUCAUGGUAAAGGUUUAGAAACAUUUUGUGAGAAAUCCAUCACAGGGAACCGUUUUGUGAUUUAUUUUUAAUUUUUUUUGUGAUGUGAAUUCUGUCCUCCCAUGUCUCCAGUGCACUGUGUUCUAAUUAAUGUCCCCAGAUAGGACCCAUUGACGUCCCUAGUGCUGAUCAGGCUGAGGUUGUAUGUUUUGUAUACAAAUUACAGUUUUAGCACACAGUCAUUUAAAAAUUUCCAUUUUAAAGGUCCUAUUCAAAUGAUACGUCAGACCCUCUGAAUUAACUGGCAGAGAAUUAGUAUUGAAUGUUUACAUGGAAUUACAUUCAAAGAUUCAUGGUGUAAUAUGGAAUUAACUUGCCGUCAAUGUUUUCACUUCUGGUGACCUGGAAAGUAUACACAACUUGCACAAGGUCACAGGCAGUAAUGCAAUUUUAAGUUCUCCAUCAUCAUAAAAAAAUGCUUUCCACAUGUAGUUUGAAGGGAUUGCUUGGCUAAAACAUCACAGCUCAAGCAUGCUUUGAAUACAGUCAAAAUCAACCAACUGCUAUAAAAGAAUAGAGCACAUAGAACAACAUAUGACAAGUUUUAUUUUAUUGUUCAAUAGUACACAUCACUAUUUCAUGUCUAUAUUGAAAUUGCUGCAUUAAUGUAGAGAGAGAUUUUUAGAGUAGUUAUUUAACAGAUUUUAUAAAUGGGGGGGAAAAAAUGCUUGUGUUACUAUUAACAGUUCCAGCACCUUUCCCCCACCCCCCUCUGUACUUCCCAAAGUAUAGCUACUAAUAGGAGGCGGAGGAAGUGCACUCUAGGUUUCUGCAGGAAUCUGUGAUCUCCAGGCACCUAGGUAAUAAUCAAAAUCAUGUAUUUAUUGAAAACUAUUUGGUAUAUAAUAGCUUCCUGGAUUGUGUAAGGUCAGCCGAGAGUGUGUGACAAUAGUGCUUUUGUAAGUGAUCAAAUGAAACCUACCUGAAGAUGACUUGUGAGCUGCUUACAAUAUUGUUUUCAGCCACUCCAAUAAAUAGUAGUAAAUCCUUAAGAUUUUGACAGUGAAGCAGACAUGCACAAUACAUAUACCUCAGUGCACCCAAGUACGGCUUUGAAACCUUCCCUUUGUGAAGGUCUGCUAAAUAUAUUGGAGCAUUAUGAAUAUUGAUCAUUCCUUUAACUUGUGUCAAUAAAGGAAUACCAUCCAGUUGCAUUGCAUACAGUACUCAACAGAAAAUAAGUAUCCAACUUUAAUGGCAUUGUGGGUUUUUGUUUUUCUCUUUCAACUGGCAGAAAAUAUGUCCAUUAAGGGGAAAAAAAUAACAUCACACUCAGUCAGGGAUGAAUAGCAGUGUUACACUGUUACAAAUGGAAAGCAAGAAUAUUACUGUCUGUUGUGAGGCAUGCUGCAAAGACACCCACAGGUGAAAUGUUCACUUACAUAGUGGGGCAUGUGGGAAGGUAUACUAAAGUGAAAUCAUACCUUCCUGCAGUGCAAUCUUUUGUCUUUAUUUCCUGGCAGAUGAAACUUUAGGUUCCUCAAUUGAUAUUUCCACUCAUGCAGAAUGUGAUGCCAUAGGCAUCUAUUGCACAAGAAUAUGCCAGUUCCUGUCAACCAUCACUUGUGAAGAUAGAUAAUGGCACGUGAAUGCUGAUUAAAUUGAAAUUUUCAUGAGUGAUUCACCUUCAAAGGUUAAUUCUUUUACCCAGUGCUUACGUCAAAUUUUAAUACAGAAGCAGUGAGAACAUAUCUCCAAUCUAAAGCUUUUUAUAGAGAUGGUUAGUUUUCUUGCAUGAGGAUGUUUUAGCAUCGUUUCUCUGAGUAAAAUUAUCACUUUGUCCCGCUUCACUCGAGAGGCCACUGUACACAAAGUGGCAUGUCACCUUUAGGGGUCUUUGCAAAGUAUGGGUACACUUUUAUUGUCCUAUUUUGAUAAUUGUAUACAUAAUACAAUAUAUAUUAGCCUUUCAUAUAAAGAGAUACAGAUACAUAAGGGACCAGGACCCUGCAUUCGUUGAGCGCUCAAGGGUCUCCAAAUUAAGCCAAUGUGGUUUUAUUAACUUGAAGUAAUAUCUAUAGCCAAUAUUUCAGUCCAUGACUGAUCUUUCAUCAGGAAGAGGUCUCGACUUUUUUAAAGAAGCAAUAGACAGUUUUAAAAAUAGUGAGCAAUUGGUCAGAUAACUGGUAGUCCAACCCAGUGUUCCAUUAAAGAGUACCUGUUAAUGUGCAUGUUGCACAUUUUCUAAACUAUACAGAAUGACAUUGUUUCACCUUUUAACUAUUCAUAAAAAGGCACUUUUAAAUACUUUUUGAAGCCCUGCCAUGUAUGCCAUGCAGUGAACAUCUUUAACUGGGAUGAUAGACAGGGCUUAAAGGGACAGUGUAGUCACCAGAACUACAGCUUAAUGUAGUUGUACUGGUGUGUAUAGUAGGUCCUUUCAGGCAUUUUAAUAUAAACAGUGCCUUCUCAGAGAAAAAGAGGUAAAACUUAACUUUAUUCAUCAUCAGAAGGAUCUCUGCCAAUCAGCAUCUCCUCAUAGAGAUGUAUUGAAUCAAAAGGCAGUGUUUAUUAAAAAGCCUACAGGGACUGACUAUAGACACCAGAACAACUACAUUAAAAUUAAUUUUAUUUAUUUUACCAUUCAUCAUGCACAAAAGUCAGAGCUUAAAACAUAUGUAUUUUGCAGUUAAUGUGAUGUUGAUUUACUAUACACUGAAAUGUUGUGAACUGAAAACCUAAAUUUCUAAAUUUAGGGCAAAUUAUCUAACCUAGAAACUUUCUCUAACUCUGUGAAAGUAUUAACCUGGUUAUUUUAGGUUACAUUUUGCUGCUUGAUUUUCAAAACCAAUACAUAUAAAUUGGUUAAAUUAGUGAUUUUAGUGAGGAAAGCCUCUCUAAAAUGCAGCCGCCUUAGGUAAUUGUCAUACUGCAUUUUUUUUUUUUCCAUCUGUAUUAAAUGUAAUAAUCUGUGAUUAAAUGGUUACUCUAAGCACCAUGUAGUGGACAUAAUGCCAAGUAUACUCUGGCUCAGAUCCUUGUAAUGGGGCAAACCAUUUUUUCCCCUUACCUAGGUCCCUGCAGGGUUAUAAUGCUCUGGCACUAUGACUUGCCUCCUGUUUUCAAGAGCUGGAGAAGCCUAAAGAUGCAGUGGUCAACAUUCAUUACCUGAGAGAGUUCGGUCAUUCAUGGCACAGAAUUGACGUUAGGCAGUCCGGAAUGUUAGUUACAACUCCAGAUGCAGAGGGGUUAAUCUCUGUAUGUGCUGUUUCAAAGCGAAACACUACGCAUACAGACUCCAGGCAUAGUGACGACUUCAAAUCGCUGAAGUGCUUAUGGUAACCCUUUUAUUGUUUGGGUUUUACAUGGUUAUGUAACCCAAACAAUCACAAGUGAAAUCUAUCCCAUCUGGAUGACAUAAGUUGAAAUCCACCAUACUUUUAAAGAAGACUAAAUCGGCUUCCUUAAAGGACCACUAUAGGCACCCAGACCACUUCAGCAUAAUGAAGUGGUCUGGGUGUCAGGUCCCUCUAGGGUUAAAUUUUGCCUGCUGUAAACAUAGCCGUUUCAGAGAAACGGCUAUGUUUACGUAUGGGUUAAUCCAGCCUCUAGUGGCUGUCUCGUUGACAGCCGCUAGAGGCGCUUCCAUGCUUCUCACUGUGAUUUUCAGCCGAUGACGACCGAAGGAGGAGGAGGAGAGUCCCCAGCGCCGAGUUUGUUUUCCUGGCACUAUAGUGGUCCUUUAAAAAUUGUCUUUUUAAGAAGAUGAGAUCUAUCAUGCAAACCGAGCAUACAUAAAGAAGAGUUGAAUAUGGGAGUAUGUACAGAAUAUAUAAUAAUGAGACUGCAUGGAUUCUACUUGCUAAUCUAAGAAAUCAUUUUGAGGUAUAGUUGGGGAGAACUUUGUGAGUGUUGGGAUUUUAAUUUUGAUCAUAGUGUGUGUGUGUGUAUAGGAAAUUAGAGUAACAAUUGAGAAACAGCAAUGUUUACAUUGCAACACUAAGUCUGCCUCCAGUAGCGGUCUACCAGACAGCCACUAGAGGCGCUUUCGGGAUAUUAACGGACUUUUGGUCUGGAAACUGACACUGGAUGUUCUCACGCUCUGCACAAGGACAUCCAGCAUCUGCUAUUUCCCCAUUGAAAAGCAUUGAGUGAAUGAUUUCCUAUGAGGAGGCCUAAUUAGCGCCCGCUCAUCGGGAGGACGUCGGAGGAGGUAGAGCCGUGACCCAGCGCUGGAAUCAGGUAAGUAAAUAAAGGGUUUUUAACCCUUUUAUCAUCAGUGCGGGGGGAGGCAUAGUGCCAGGAAUAUAGCUUUGCACUAUAGUAUCACUUUAAUGUACAAGAUCCGUAAAUAAGAUACGAAUGGCAGCAGUUUAUAUUAUAGAAAUUAUAGACUAAUGGAGUGACUUGGGCAUGUGUGAGUCUGAGUUCCAGUAAAAAGGUUGAAUUUAUUUUUUUUCUGUGAAAGGAAAUCCUAGAACCAGCAAAAUGCUCAUUGUAUUUUGUUUUGUAGGUACGUGCGUGUGUACCAUAGCCAUUACAGUGUUCAGUCCAUGCCUCCUCCCACUCCACUACCUGUAGCCUAAGAGCACGAAGUUCCUACGUUCUGCAUUGCUUAUUGCUAAUGGAAAAGGCUAUGAAACCGAAUUAAAACAUUUUCAUGACCUUUUCAGUAUAACUAUUAAAUAAAACUCACUAAAAAUAACCUAGUUAGAUCCAAGCUCCACAAAUCUCAGGCGCCUGGUUGCCAUGGCGACUAGGAAGUUUGUCCUGACGCCUGGAAUUUGUGAGCCCUUUUAAGCAACCGUCCUGGCAGCUUAGGAUGGGAGGCAGGCAGACGGCUCAUGGAGAACGUGGGCGGCUGGGCGGGCAUGCGGCUCAUGGAGCAUGAAGAGCUGAGGGAUGGAGGCAAGUGGCUAACUGACUGAGGAGGCGGCAAGGGAGCUGUAUUCUUCAAAAAAUAUGACAUCAUUCCAGCCCCAGCUCACUAUACAGUUCCCGAGGGCUGAGCAGGGAGAUGAGCAGUACCGUCCCACUGGACCACCAGUAUCCACUCCAGCUCUUCCAGCAGGUAGGGAGGCCGGGUUGGGCAAAUUUAUAUUAAAUAAAUUAUAACCUGUGUGUGUGUGUGUCUCUGUCUGUCAGUGACUGUGUGUGUGUGUCUGUCAGUGAGUGUGUGUCAGUGUCUGUUUAGGUGAUCUGCCCCUCUCCAAUCACAAGGGAAAGGUGUUUUUACUCACCUUUUUUUCCCCACGCUGUGCUAGUCUCGCCACUGCUGGCUACAUGGCUGAGUUCAUCAAUCUUGACUAUUUCACCCAAUCCCAAUGCUUCUCCCCUUAUAGAAAAGCAUUGAGAGACUAUUGUGCAUGCGCGGCACAAUGCGCCAAUCAACAUCUCCUAGAGAUGCAUUGAAUUAAUUGUGCAGCUCUUUUUUUUGUCUGAAAAGACAGUGUUUACAUUGACAAAUGUGCACAGACAAGACUUAAAGGACCACUGCAGCUGGCACUAUAGUAUUAAAAGGUCCCUCCACCCUCAUGGCCCCCUUCCCGCCGGGCUGAAGUGAGAGGAAAGGGUUAAACACUUACCUUUGGCGCUGGGGACUCUCCUCCUCCUUCGGUCGUCAUCGGCUGAAUGCGCGGCAAGAGCCGUGCACGCAUUUAGUCAGUCCAUAGGAAAGCAUUCUCAAUGAAAAUCAUAGUGAGAAGCGCGGAAGCGCCUCUAGCGACUGUCAAUGAGACAGCCACUAGAGGCUGGAUUAACCAAUUGAGCUGAAGUGGUCUGGGUGCCUAUUGUGGUCCUGUAAGAACUACCUUAAGUUGUAGUGGUUCUGGUGGCUAUAGUGGUUUUUUUUGACGUUGAAAAGCCUGGCUCCUAGAUUACAAGCAAAUUUGUCAAGCCCUUAGCUAGAUGAACAAGCAUAUCCUCUCAUUAAAACCUCAUGCAAAAUUACAUGAUUUUGCUAUUUCAUGACAAAAAGUCAUGAUUUUAUGAAAGACACGGAGGCGAGUAUUGCUUAACCCUUUCUUUACUGUCCACCAAUAGCAGCAAAGAAUACAAACAGUAAGAAAAAAUGGUAACCAUAGUGAUAGACCACUCCCAUACCAAGUCCCAGUAUAAUAGUCAGCACCUCCCCACACAAUUACUCUUUCUUUGGAGAUGCGACACCAAACCAGCAAACAGGAACCGAUGAACAGUCCAGAACUCAGCAGACCAAACCAUCCCAAAAUCCAGCCGGAUACUUAUCAGGAACAAUCUGUGAACUGGGACUAAACCAGCAACAAAUGACUAAGUGUCAACAACAGGGAGUCCAUCACAGCACCAUCCAUAGAUAUCCAGUCAACGUGAUGAAGUCUUGGGAAGAAGUGAGGAUCUUUUCAACCUGUGAAAACAUAAAAAACAGGAGCCCCACCGUUAAAUCAGUACUAAAACCAAUUGCUCAUGCCAAACCAUAAUAUAUUGAUAUACUGAAACCAUAUAGUGCCCCGAAUGUCAGACAAGAGAACCACCAACAGGCCAACAUAACAUUAACAGUACGGAUGCACAUAAAAAGGCAAUACCAUGUUGAACUCAUGUUGCAAUACUUACCAACCUGAGCUAUAACACAACAGGAGGGGGAAACACAAUGAUAGAAAAAUAAAAGGGUGGGACAAUACUCGCCUCCGUGUCUUUCAUAAAAUCAUGACUUUUCGUCAUGAAAUAGCAAAAUCAUGUAAUUUUAUGUCAAGACACGGAGGCUCAUAUUGCAAGUUUAAAGCUGAUCAAUAACCGAAGAGAAAACAUGUGUUGAAGGCCAAAAGUAAAAUUCUCUGAAGGUGGAUUCGCAGGACCAGUCCGCCAUCCUCAUCAGGUCUUCCCGGCAUGCUCCCGAAGACACCAUAGACAUGGCUGAUGCCCCUCGUAAGGAGUGAGCGCUAAAGAUGGAUGUAUCCACACCGGCCAGUGACAUUACCCAUUUCACCCAACGAGCCAAGGUAGUGCUGGACACGGGGCGAACGGUUGACGAAUCGAGAGAAAGAGCUGAGGGGACGCGGCCGAAUGAUGGGCACUCGUCCGAAGUUCAUACUCCCUCAAACAGGUCACAGGACAUAGCGCCGGGGUAGUUGGAAAACUCGGAUAUGAGACCGAACGUAUAACCGUCUUAGUGCGUCUGGAGAUGUUAAAUGUCACUCCAUCGUAGUCCAGGGCCCGUACAUCCGAGACCUGUUUGCACGAAAUGAGGCAGAACAGGGAAACCAAUUUGGCAGACAGUUGUCUCAGGGUGAGGUCCACAUUAGGAGGCUAAAAAGUAAACCGUGACAAGACGCAGGACCAUGUAUAAUAUCGAGGUCUGGGGGGACGCGACAGAUGUGGACCCCGAAGUAAGCGGCACACCAAGGGGUGUUGGCCCGCAGGACAGCCGUCGAAACCCUGGUGAGCUGAAGAGAUGGCUGAUCUAUACAGGUUACAGGCGAUAAAAAAACAUGAGGUAAAUGUAAGCUUACUGUAAGUGCGUCUGGAACCGAGGUUCCCUCUGAAGCCUCUGGAGAGCCAUGGCCUCCCAUGUGAAGGGAAGAAAGGGGACUGUUGUCACGUCGCCUGGUAGGAUGGUCUCUGGUUGUAGAAGCCUCAUCCUGAUCCACGAGCAUGGUAAUUAGACCGACCGGACAGAUAGCCCCUGAAUCUGCCGGCCCUGGUAGAGACCCGUCCCUGAAAUAACCUCUUCAUAGAGGAUUGAGCCUUGUCCAGGGCUGUAAAAGCACACACAAAGCGCCCCAGAUCCUUUAUAAAGGAUUCUCCAAACAGGCCCUGGGCAUCUUUGCCUGCCUCAGUGAGAGCGAGGUUAGCCAAUUUGGGUUCAAUUUUAAAGAGAAUUGCUGGCUUUAUGCUGCUGAACAGACAGGGAUGUGUUCACACUGCCUGCUAUGCAGAUCGCCCUCUGCACCCAGCCACGGAGUUCUUCUGGGUCAAUCUGCCUGUUUUCGGCUCUGGCUAGUUCAGCCAGGUCAAACAAUUUGGCCGAAGGACCAAAAAUGUCCAGGUGUUUGUCCUGGCAUGAUUUUAAAGCGGAAUCCAAUCCCUUGCGGGGAUUCCAUCCCAUUUUUGAAAGAAAUUGGGACAUUUGGGGUCAACAAUAGGGGUCUCACAUACUUUACUGGGAAUUAGGGGUCUAGGACAUUCUGCCCUGAGUUUGUUGCGCGCUGCCUUGCUAAGGGGGCGCCGUACCCAGUUCUCUAGGUACUAAGCCACAUGGUCCGCUGGAAGCCAUUCUGCUGACCUCGGGUGAUGAAGAGCAUCCGGGUCAAACGUAGGUUCCCCAGACGGAUUCAUGAGGGCGGAACCCACGGUAGCGGCGGAGUCGCUGCGCAAGCAACUCAUUACCAGCCCCGAUAGAGCAGGGGCAAAGGGAUUAGUGUCUUGCCCGCCAAUGUCGUCAUUGGAGUCACGUACGGACUCGGCAUCAGCCUCCUCACCAGACCCGAUUUCUGAGUCGGAGUCACUCUCUUUUUGUGCUCUAGCACAUUUCCACUGCCGCGCCCGUUCUGCCUGGCGCGGCAGUGGAAAUGUGCUAGAGCACAAAAAGAGAGUGACUCCGACUCUGUUCAUGGGUGAAUCUAGUCACACCGGUCGUAUUGUUUCUGGAGGCAGGAGGACUUAAGUGACUGGAUUUGGCCGUUGCCUUCUUGGAACAUCCCCUAUAGGGCUUAAAGCAGAACGCGGUAAGCGCGUCGCGUGGCCGAGCCUUCUGCGGCCAAAGGGCGUGCCAGUAAGGCCUGUGAAAUAGUCUGGGAAAGAGCCGAGGACAUGGAGCCUAUGGCGGCCAUAAUGGCAUCCGUAAUGAAGCGCUGUAGAGCUAGAGAUUGGGCAUCCUCAGGUACUGACAUAGGGUAACCUGCGGAGGAAGGGGGGCCAGAGCUGGCAGAGGGGUUAAAGCAUGGGGUAUAUCCAUUUCUCCAGGGGGAAGGGGGGGUGGCAGGCACUUUGGACUUGGGCAUAAUAAAAUUGCUGUGAGAUAUCCUAAUGACACCAAAUAUAACAUAGUAAUAUAUGCUGCAGGGAGUUGAAAGCUAAAACAAAAAAAAUGACAGAGAGAGAACAAGCUAGCAGGAGUUAAUCACACCAGACUAGCUAUACUUUAUUAGAGGGUAGAGAUAGGGAGCUCACCAGGGCCCAGACAGUCUGACAGGAAGAAGGAGCAAUGGAGUCACAGACAGCCUGAGAAAGAUAAGGCAAACAGAGAAAAAAAAAAAAAGAUAAGAGCAACAGGAGAAGCUCAAGUGAUAGGGAUACUGAUAAUAAUACCCUAAAGAGGUCUGGAACCCUGGGCUCAAAGGAUAACGCAGUAUAAAAAUCCACAAUAGGAUAAAACAUGGAAACAUAAAACAUAUGGAAAAUAAAUAAGUAAAUAAUAAAACUACAAGCAAAAAGGCAAAUAAAUGACACAGGUAGCAACAGAGCAAUAAUGAGAGUAACAUCAAUAAUGCAAAUAAAUAGUAUACAUAACAUUAAGCCAAUAACAUGGAAGAAAUUCGUUAUGUACUUAUCGGUUUGGUAGCAGCAAAGAAAGAGGAAUUGUGUGGGGAGGUGCUGACUAUUAUACUGGGACUUGGUAUGGGAGUGGUCUAUCACUAUGGUUACCAUUUUUUCUUACUGUUUGUAUUCUUUGCUGCUAUUGGUGGACAGUAAAGAAAGGGUUAAGCAAUAUGAGCCUCCGUGUCUUGACAUAAAAUUAUAUUUUGGCAUCAAGCAAUUACAUUGUCUUCAUUGCUCUAAGAACACUUUUUGAAAUCUAACCAAUUGUCUUCAUGUUCCAUGCAAGGUGCAAAAUAAAAAAAAUAAACACUUCACUUCAGCUUAUUUGCAAGGUUUCCAGUAGCUGCUGAUACUAGAUCUGCAGCUAUUGCAAGCCAAUAUUUCAUAUAUCCCCCAAAGAAAACACGAAAAACAAAUCACUUGCAUAUUUCCUCUCUCCUUCCCCCCUCCUUUUUUCCCCUUUCAUAAUAAUGUAGUAUUCUUUAAAGUAAUACUACAUUAGUAUAGUACUUUGGAAAAGCCUAGCCUGAAAACCUGGAAGAACGAUGCAGUUUAAAGGAUUACUAUAUAGAGCAGUGAUGGCGAACCUUUUUGAGCCCGAGUGCCCAAACCGCAAUACAUGCCAACAUUUUUUCUCCUUAAAGUGCCAACACGGCAAUUAAACCCAAAUACUGAGGUUUAAGUUUAGAAAAAAACAACUCGUACUGUUGUCCGAACUAAUAACUUUUGUUUUAAAAGAACACAGAGAGUUCAAUAAUACAAAUUUUAAAUAAUGAUAUAAAUAGAUAAAAUUAAGCUUAUAUUUAUUAGUAUCUCCAACAAAUGCAAUACAUACACAGACAGACUGCUGAAUACAUACACACAGUCUGCUGAAUACACACACACAAGACUGCUGAAUACAGAGACUGAUGAAUACACAUACAGACAGACUGCUGAGUACACACACACACACAGACUGCUGAGUACACACACUGCUGAGUACACACACACAGACUGCUGAGUACACACACACACAGACUGCUGAGUACACACACACAGACUGCUGAGUACACACACACACAGACUGCUGAGUACACGCACACACAGACUGCUGAGUACACGCAAACACAGACAGCUGAAUACACGCAAACACAGACAGCUGAAUACACGCAAACACAGACAGCUGAAUACACGCAAACACAGACAGACUGCUGAAUACACACAUACUGCAUUGAGGUGGGGGUGCGUGUGUGUGUGAGUGUUGUAUGUGAGGGGUGCUGUGUGUGUGUGUUAUAUGUGUAAGGGUGCUGCGGAGGGGUAGGGGUACUGUGUGUGGGGGGUAGGGGUACUGCUGGGAGGUAGGGGUACUGUGUGUGGGGGGGGUACUGUGGGAUGGUUUGGGGUACUAUGUGGGGGGUAGGGGUACUAGGGGGUAGGGGUACUGCAGUGGGGGGGUAGGGGUAGCUCAUGUGGGGGGUUAGGGCAAGGGGGUUACUGCUGGGGGUAGGGGUUACUGCUGGGAGGAAUACUGCUGGGAGGGUAGGGUACUGUGUAUGGGGGGGUAGGGGUACUGCUGGGGGAGUAGGGGUAUUGCUGGGGAGUAGGGGGUACUGGGGAGGGUGGGUACUGCUGGGUAGGGUUAGGGUGGGUACUGGGCAGGGGUUACUGCUGGGAGGGGGGUUACUACUGGGGGUAGGGGUUACUGCUGGGCAGUAGGGGCUACUGCUGGGGGUGGGGGUAGGGGUUACUGCUGGGGGUAGGGGUUACUGCUGGGGGUAGGGUUACGUGGUGGGGGUUACUGCUGGGGGUAGGGGUUACUGCUGGGGGGGUAGGGGUUACUGCUGGGUGGGAGUAGGGGUUACUGCUGGGGGGGUAGGGGUUACUGCUGGGUGGGAGUAGGUGUGCUGUAUCAGUAUCUUUAAUGAGGGGGGAGGGGGGGGGACACAGAGAUCCCUGGUGGUCUGGUGGUGGUAAGAACUGCAGGGGGAGGGCUCCAGGAAGCAGCUCCCCUGUCCUCGCGCAAUGCUGUGUGGAGCGUUGCCAUGGUAACGCGCGGCAACGCUCCACACAGCAUCGCACGGGAGGACAGGGGAGCUGCUUCCUGGAGCCCUCCCCAUGCCUCCCGACCCGGAAGCAGAGUAGGCGCCUGCCGUUUCGGGCAGACAGGCGCCUACUCUGCAUUGAUGGCGGACCUGUGGCCGCGUGCCCACAGAAAGGGCCCGGCGUGCCACCUGUGGCACGCGUGCCAUAGGUUCGCCAUCACUGAUAUAGAGUGUGCGUGUAUCUCUCUCUCCUAUAUUAGUAUGUGUAGAUUAAUAUAUUUAACAUAUUUUCUUUCUUAAACUGGAUAUUACUUUAGUGUACAUUAUAGUAGCUGUACCAUUUGAGUUAUGAGGUUGUUCCUUAAAAGUUGCACUUUCUGCAGUACUGUAGUCUGUAGUAAAGUUCAGGUGUUGGCUGUGUCAUUAAAAUAAGAAUAAAAAAAAAAAAAAUUUAUACUUAAGUCAAAUUUACUUUUUACACAUUUUCACACAAAGCUAGCUAUCUGAUUCCUGUACUCCAAAUAAGUUAGGUGAAAACUGCAAAGCUAGUUUUAUUUAGUUUUUUUUUUUUUCUCUGCAUAUUUUACUUCUUGGCCAUGAAACAGAAGCUACAUUGUUUCCAUUUAAAGCAGGCAUGAGAAAUAAAUAUGGAACUUAAUAUGCAGAAAGUUCUACAAGGUGGAGUUAGAACUCUGUGUACACUACUUGGAAACUAGCUUUAGACCAUUUGCAUGGCAGUGUUGAGAAACAAGUGCAUGAAGCAUUAAGAAAGUUACUAGUGAUUUUCAUAGUCAGCUAUAAAUAUAAACCUGGGAAACUUUCUCCAUAAGAUACAAAUUAGAGAUUUUGUUUUACCAUCUCCAUAUUUUUGCCUUACAUUUGUGAGUUUAUCAACACACCUUAAAGCGGCACAGUCACACCGUACUUACAUGUCUCCUAUUGUUUCUUCUUCUCAGAAUCUGUUCUUUUCUUUAUUUCUGAUUUUAUAUUCUGAUUUAAACACUAGACAAAGUAGGGACUACUUUGUCGUAUGUAUUUAUCUUACGCUGGACCUUCUUUGGGCUUAAGUCUGCUCUCUUUCCUGUGGACAGUUCCCCCCUCCCAAAGUACUCACCUCUCCUCCAUUUUCCCCUCUUUCCUUCCCCUCUUUCCUUCCCUCCUCGCCUACAUUUGCGUCCUACCACAUUGCAACCCAUCAAAUCAUUCUGACAGAGAAGCAUUGAGUCUAGUACUUCCCUAUCAGAAUUAGUAAAUGCAACACCACACAUGCACAUAUGAGCGUGAGAUGAGCUUGGUGACCUCUCAUUUCACCACUGAUGCCAGUUCUGAGGGAAAUAUAAUAAUGUAGGGAGGUGGGAAGAAAAAAUGGGCUGGGGAUAAUGAUUGGGCGGUGGGCUGCAUGGCGGGAGGAGGAAAUUAAUGCACAUUCAUGCGAGAUAAAGAAAUUGUCAUCUCAGUGCUGUAUACAUAAACCUGCUCGAUUGGCUUUACUGAAAGGAAUUCCUGAGAAUGCUAGCUCUAGCACAGAAUUACUUUGUAUAUGCGCAUGAGGGAUCAUAGAGCAAUGUUGGAAUCCCUGUACAGAGAACUGCUGAAGGGGUAAGGUGUGUGUUUCCUUCUUUCUUCUGCACUUCCAUAGCAUUUAAUUGGACGAGGAAAGUUCAUUGACAGUGACUAUUUGAAUAUAAAUAUGCAGUAAAAUCUACAGUCUGCUUAGUAGAGAGCUCUUGUGUACCUAGACUAGCACCUAGUAUAUUUAAGACAAUAAAUUCUUAAAUCUGGCUUAUGUCCAUGUAUCCAUUCUCCAUCAUGGAAAAGACAGGAGUAUGCUCAUCUUCAGGUAAAUAAAGAAUCUAUUCAUUGGUCAUUUCACUAGACAAAUAUAUAGGUAAGAAUUUGGUUCCUGAAACUGACCUGGUAAAGUUAGAACUAACUUUGUGUUUUGUCUAGUCUGUAAUAAUGUAGAGAAAAUUAAAGUAUCUGUGUUUAAUUUGAUCAUAAUGUUUACCAGGAAGACAGAUUCAAACUUGUAUUUUUUUUAAUUUUAUUUUUUUACUUUUUACAUUUAGACCAGUAUUUUCCAAACCAGUACUUAUGACUCUUCAACAGUCCAUGUUUUGUCAGUAUCUCCAUUGGAUUUGAAAUGGGAAAAUACAUAAAUCCUGGACUGUUGCUGGGCCAUGAGAGCUGGUUUGGGAAUCGCUGCCUUAGACCGACCAUGCAUAAACUGACUGCUGUGAUUUGUAAUCCAUAAUCCUCUCAGAAAUCAGUUCUUGGAAUGUUAGUUGGACUUCUUGAGCCAGACUGAGAUUCAGUGUGAGCGUAUAUAUACCACUCUGUUUGACAUUGGUGUAACUGGAACUUUUAAACUUGUAUGCUACUGUAGAUUUGCAUGUAUUUGUCUAAUAGAAUAAAGAAUAAAAAACAAUCUAUUUCAUGCUAUAAAGAUGAUUUCAGGUGCAUAUUUUGAUUUUAAUCAAUUUAUUAAUUAACAAUAUAAAAGCAUCAAGGAAGUAUCUGGAUUUCUACAUUCAUGUAUUAGGAGUAAAAUAAUUCACCUCUUUAAGGCUACAAACUUGAGUAAACCUUUUCUAUCCAGUUAAGAUUACUCAUUGAUGCCUCUGUUUGCCUAGCAGUAUAUUGUCGAUAGGUAUAUUCACGUUUCAGUGUGAGCCAAACAUUCCUGAGCCAACUGGGAAGCUCUCACUUUACUCUGCUCUCACUUUGAUCUUAUGUGGUUUUUCGGAAAACCAGUGAGUUUAUCCCACCUAACGGCCCUGAAAUGAUUUUGAUGAUCCGCCAGAGUUGAUUUCGGAUCGUUUCGAUUUUGAGGUUUAUAUGCUACCAGUGUUGCCUUGGUCUGACUAGAACCAGAAAAACAGGCACUUUACUAGUAAGUAUCGUUCAUGUGUCUGUUGCCAAAAUGCAGUUGCUGCAACCUGUCUCAGAAUUUACCAUUAGUCUAGACUCUAGAAAUUACAAACUCGCAGGUUAGAAUAUCUCAGUUAGGACUCUGAGAAAUGGUGACACGCACUUGUUGCUGUAUUAAGUGUACGAGGACAGAGGGUUUAAACCCUUCAGUGCCAAAAGGAGUACAGCCAAGUAUUUCUGGAUGCUGUCCCACUCAUAGUGGGAUAAGUGUUUUGCAUUGUAAAAGUUGACUUGACUUAUAUGGAGUCUUGCAUUGUUUUCUGCUGUCUUAAUGUACUUUUGUUUUAAAAUUAAAUAUUUUACUGUAUAUCCAGCCAUGUUUAACUCCUUAAGGGCACCGCUGCAGUUUUCUUGUUUUGUACUUAAGGACACAAACAAAUUUCGGAUUUUGUGUGUGUGUGUGUCAACAAUUACCAUAUUUAAUUUAUUUAAGUUUUGCACCUACACAUGUAAUAUACAGGUUUUCUUUUUGUAUUUUCAACUACAGGGGCUCUAAUUUGUGACCUAUAUAAAUUCUCAUUUAUUCUAAACUUGAAAAACAUUUUUUAAACAAUAAUAGUGUUUACUCUGAACACAAACACCCCGGUAAACUCUGAAAACCGUGAAACACAUAAAACUCCACUGACUGCUUUUAGUAGUACUACGUUUGUGAGUGCAAUACAGUGGGACUCAAUCGAGUUCCAAUGUGUUCGAGAACCAAAUCAACAUUUCCCAUGAGGAUUAAUGUAAAAUUGAAUAAUCCCUUCAAGACACCCAAAAUUACAGCAUUUUACAUUUAUAUGUGUGCAUUAAAAAUAAUUCUCAAAUUACCAUGUCGCCAGUGUAUUAAUUAGUCUGGCUGUAUGGUGAAAGUAAUGUUUUUAAAUAUUUUUUAUAUUCCAAAAUUAAGAGCCCUGACCUAAUGCAUUAAGGGAUGGAUAUUUUGUGCAUGAUUAUCUUUCAGAAUUGCACCAUAGUACACUUUUGUGGGUGGACUAUAGUCUAUCAUGUUUGCACCCCAUACAUAAGUUACCGUGUCUUAUGAAUGUUGCCAAUACUUUUUCCACACAAAAGCAGGCAGUUGUUUAUUAGAAUCCAAAUGUAAGUCCAUAAAUAUUGCCUUAAUACGUCACAGCUGAAAUAUGCAUAGCAGUAGGAUCACUUUUCUUCAAUUUAGUUGGAUGUUUUUAACUCCCUACCGUACUCCAGACCUGUGACGCUAGAGGUGGGACUUGCAAAUGCACACUUUUCUGACUUGUAAAAGAGACAUGGCUCUUUGUUGUAUGUUCGGGUACCAAAGAUUGUUUACCUACCGAGACAUUAUUUUACUCAAAAUUUUCGUUAGACUUCCGAAUUGUUCAAAAACGGGACCGUUUGAGUUCCGAGGCGCCACUGUAUUAUAUCCUAAUUUUAUUGGUGGUGUUGGUUUUCCACUGUUAUGUAUUUAUGUCUUUUAUGUGAUUUUUAAGUGAUUUAACAUGUGUAUGUGGAUUCUGGAACAACUGAUGGGAAAGAGUAAAAAGGUGUAUUGUAUUAUAAUCUCAUUCAAAUUCCACAUCUAUCUCUAUCUACACCAUUGUUUGCUUUUUUGGUUUUAUUAAAAAACAAAAACAAAAAAAAAGAGGGCAUCAUAAGAGUUUAUUCAAACUACCUCACAAAGGCCUGAUGUGUGAAAGUAGACACAUCAGAGUAUCUCAAAUGGUGUAUAUUGUUCAUUAAAGCAGAAAUGUCACUGUCUGGGGACUUUGCAUAAUUUGCGAAGACCCCCAAUGGUGACAUUGCUUGGGGGGCAGGGGGUAGGGGGCUGCAGGAUCCUCCUUAGACGGUCAAUUCCUUGCAGCCAUCACUGGUGACAGCUGGGGAAUUGGGGGAUUGACAUUUCUUGACUGCGGUAGAUCCGCCCAGUGUCAAGAAGUAGGAACAAUACUGAGAGAAAGUAGUCUAUACCUUGUCUCAGUUUCUUUUGACUGGGGUAGAAUUUCAGUGACAACAUCCAUAUCAGUAUUGUAUAAAAUCCUGCCAUUUUUCCACAAGUUUGUGGUAAAAACCUUUUAUUCCAUACAUGUAUAAUUUUGCUAGGUAUUUUGUAAAUCUGAUGUGUGCCACUGUGAUAAACCCCCCAUAUUAUGCUCAGCCAACUCUCCGGAGUAAAACAAAACCUCCAAUGUGUGCCUUUGCAUUUGUCUUGUGACUUUACAGAGCCAUAUAAGAGACCUGAUUAUUUCAGUUUUUACCGUUUAGAAUUUUGAUGAAUUAGAUGGGCCCAUCAUUUUGGGGCCUUGUAGCAGUUUGACCAUUCAGAUUACCACAUAAAUGCAUACGAUUUGCAAAAGUAGACACUAUGUAGUAUGUCAGAUGGUAUAUUUACUGUACAGCCAUUUUUGUAACAAUUUAUUUAAAAGCUCAUGGUAUUCUUUUAUUUUCAUGGUUUUUGUUUUGUUUUUACAUAAGUCACAUUGCAAUUUAGCAGUGUAUUUUUUAAACCUGAUAUGUACUACUUAAUAAAUAUCGAAUUGUGCUCAGUUAUAUCUUCUACAAAAAAGACCCCCUUUACAUAUUGUUCUCAAGUUUUUGUGAAAAUACAAGGCUCAAUAAACAGCCCUGUGCAGUUUAAAAAAAUAAUAUAGACAAAUUUACUGGUCUAUGGUGCAUCCUGGGGCAUUUUAGUAGCUUACACAUUUAAAAUACUCCACAAAUGUAUACCAUUUGCAAAUCAAAGUUAGUGGGUAUUAUUUUUUUUUUCCACCUUCAUUGUAGUUUUACUGCUUAUUUUAAAGUUAAACGACGGUAAAAAAAACUACGGUGAAAUUGCUACUGGUGGUCCCCGAUGGUUCAAAGCCUUUUAGAAGAAAACUCAGGUGUGCCUGGCUAUUUUUCCCCCCCAUAAACUGUACUUGGCAACCUCUCUCGAGUACAGGGAUACCCCCUAUGAUUACAUUAUUAAAGAUUUUAUCUUUAUGAUAUACUCAAUGAUUUUUGGCAGAGGGAUGACAGCCGCUUUGACACAAGUUCUAGGUUAUUUUCAACAAUUUAUUCAAAGGAGUAAUUUCUAUUAAAAAUACAAUAUACCGAGGGGCGGAGCCUGGCAGCAGACCUAGACGGACGCACACUAGAUGGGCUCUGCAUCCAUUCUAACAAAAACACAGAUUUCCAGAGUGUAGCAAUUAUACCCCACAGAUCUACAGGGAACAUGGGACGGAAAACAAAAGCCGGACAAGCCCAAAUCAUGGGUCGAUAUCAGCGAUCUGUUCCGCCAGGCACAUGGGCCUGAAAUGGCCACGGUCUAGCAGAAUACACAGACUCCUCGGAAGACCUUAACCUGGAUCAUAGGCGUGCGCAGCCUAUUGCAUUAGGGUGUGCACCCUGAAGCACAAACACACGCUGUGUGUGUGUGUAUAUGUGACGGAACGCUGGCACUCUGACAGAGUACCUCCGCCAAUUGUUGCUCCUAGUGCUUGCCGAGGACUCCCCAGAGUGUAGUUAUCCCAUCGCCCCAAGCAUGAGCCAAAGCUUCAAGAAAGGGUCAAGCAGGUCUGUCUAAUGAGCACCAAAGGACUUUCUUAUACAAGUUUUCCCACCAGGUUACCACCCACGUGGACCUGGUGAUACACAGGACAUGCAGUUACAAUAGCCAGUCAGAACAGUACAGUCAGACACUCCCAGCCAAGGCACACAAACCCUCCCCUAUGCCUGUGAUAUAAUUACUGAACACAAUUGGUUAACUUAAUUAACACAGGCAGGAAAAUAUACAGUUUUAUACAAUAUUCAUAACUUCCUAACCAUACAUGCAAUUUAAAAGUUACAUAUUCUGAACCAGCAUAAUCAGUAUACAAACAUAUUCAAAAAUCAUACAUAUAUAUAUGUGUGUGUAUGUAUAUGUGUGUGUACAUAAAAUAUAUAUAUACACACACAAAUACACUCUUGCUUACAUACAUACAUACACACACACACACACACACAGACCCACACUCAUAUAAAUAUCAAUAUACACAAACAUUUAGCUACACAGGCAAAAUAGCAUUUUGCUGCCCCCCCAAAAACCCACAGGGGUUGAGAAAUCCUUAUUCCUGUUGGAAAGGGGCUCUAGAAGGGGGGCAGGGGCUGUGGUGGGGGAUAGGGUCUGUACAAGGGGGGACAAGAUCUGUUGGGGGCAGGGGCUGUAGAGGGAUACACAAAGGGGUUGUAGAUGGGGGACGCAGGAACUGUAGAGGGACACACACACACACAGGGGCUCUAAAGGGACACACACACACACACACACACACACACACACAGGGGCUCUAAAGGGACACACACACAGGGGCUCUAAAGGGACACACACACAGGGGCUCUAAAGGGACACACACACAGGGGCUCUAAAGGGACACACACACAGGGGCUCUAAAGGGACACACACACACAGGGGCUCUAAAGGGACACACACACACAGGGGCUCUAAAGGGACACACACACACAGGGGCUCUAAAGGGACACACACAGAGGGGCUCUAAAGGUUACACACAGGGGGCUCUAAAGGGACACACACACACACACACACCAGGGGGCUCUAAGGGACACACACACACACACACACACACAGGGGCUCUAAAGGGACACACACACACACACAGGGGCUCUAAAGGGACACACACACACACACAGGGGCUCUAAAGGGACACACACACACAGGGGCUGUAGAGGGGGACACACACACACAGGGGCUGUAGAGGGGCACACACACACAGGGGCUGUAGAGGGGGACACACACACACAGGGGCUGUAGAGGGGGACACACACACACAGGGGCUGUAGAGGGGACACACACACACAGGGAGCUGUAGAGGGGACAGGGGCUGUAGAGGGGACACACACACACACACACAGGGAGCUGUAGAGGGGACACACACAGGGGCUGCUAGGGGACACACACACACACAGGGGCUGUAGAGGGGGACACACACACACAGAGGGAGGCUGUAGAGGGGGACACACACACACAGGGGCUGUAAAGGGAGGGACACACACACACACAGGGGCUGUAGAGGGACACACACACAGGGGCUGUAGAGGGGGACACACACACGGGGGCUGUAGAGGGACACACACACACGGGGGCUGUAGAGGGGGAAAUAGGAUAUGUACAAGGAGGACAAGGUCUUUUGGGGGCAGGGGCUGUAGAGGGGGACACACAGGAACUGUAUAGGGGCACACACACACACACAUGGGCUGUGGGGGCACAAGGCUGUAAAGGGGCACAGGUGCUAUAGAAGGGGUGGGCAGGGGCUGUAGAAGGGAGGGCACAAGGGCUAUAGACUGGGUGGGUAGGGGCUCUAUAUAGGGGCGCAGGGGCUAAAAAAGGGGUUGACGGGGGCUAUAGAAAGGGGAACAUGGGCUGGGGGAGGAGGGGCCAAGGGCUGGCAAAAAAAAAAGGAGGGGCCGGCUGACUUCACUGGCUGCUCUGUUCUGGCUGGCUGCAGGGAGACAGCAGGUAAUGUGAAAAAUCUGAUCAGAUUUUUGCACCAGCAUUGCAGUACAGCACGGGUGAUUAGGAUGUACCCAGGCACACCCCGUGCGCACGCUUAUGGCCUGGUUGAUAUGGUAUGUGGUAUGUUUGGCCCGUUAUCACAGCCAACCACUAAAAAGGGGAAACCCAACCCUGUCACCACAGAGACUUUGAAGAACUAACAAUCCAAGCUGAUGUAGCCCAUCUCCGCACGGACCUGACCAGCCUUGUAGGCCGCAUCGGAGUGGUAGAGGCCUCCUAAGACAAACCGGCCCAAGCCAUAGCGGAACUCCAAGCAAAUCUGCAGGAGCUCAAAAAGCACCAAGUGACCGUGGACCACCGCUUCACGGCUCUCGAGGAACUCAGACGCCGCAAUAACGUGAAAAUCCGAGGUAUUCCUGAAGAUAUCCCAGCAGAGGAACUGAAACAAGCCAGGAAUAGGAAAAUUGAAGUGGUCUUCCGGGUCCCCAAACCCCAGAGAGCUCCAGCAUCAGCUUCAAGGGAGAUAGUGGUGAGAUUCCGCACUUACGUGGAUAAGGCAGCGGUCCUUGCUGCCCUCAAAGGGAAAACACCUUAUAUAUUCGAACAGAUCACCCUUAUCUUUUACGCAGACCUCUCUGGGAAUACCCUGCAAUGGAGAUGGUCACUUUCACAGCGCUUUUGAGGAAGAGCGACAUAGAAUAUAAAUGGCGCUCAUCAAGGGCACUGCAAAUCCAGCAUAACAACUUGACCUACACAGUUAGAUAUGCAGGGACCUGAGGUGCCUCUGUCACCACUUGGCCUGCCAGAGAGCUCCCUAACUUUUUUUCGGGCUCCCAGGAAAAACAGCUCACCGCUGGGACCCAGCGAGGAUUACACAGUUUGUGCCACAGGGAAGAAUGCCAGAUGCGGCAGCCACAACAUGAAUCACGGGACUCUCAACCCCACUGUCUCCUCUACCGUCCUAAGGGCAUACGCUUGUUGCAGUUCAAAGUUACUUAUGUUUAUUUUUGGAAUUCUACUUUCUACUUUUAUUUCUUCAACGCAAUCUAGACACAUCUGUGCAUUAAAUGCCUCAUACUCUGAGACUCUAUACCCAACACCAAUUGCCUCAGUCAAUGAGCUUACAUAUUUGGUUCAAAGUUGUUUUUUAGGCUAUGUUUUUUUUUUUUUUCUUUCAUGAUCUGCACCAACACAGACUAGACACCACCCACAACCAUAUAAAGCCCUACUGACACACAAGGGACCUCCACCCCCCAACUCCUAGACUAGGCUUGACAUACCCCCUGACAAUACGAGAUCCUGCAGGGGUAUCAACGUAUACUUAGGCAUAGAGCUGAGACUAUACCGGGCUACCUAUGCAGCCUUGACACUGGCAUGUGGUUCAUACUGCUCAUAAGUUGCACACACAACAUCAUAAGAGGGGUCCAAGCUAUUACCAAUCUUUCGCAAGUUUUCUCUAUUUCCGCCUACAGGCUGAAGGUAAUUCACAGGUUAAGCACAAAUGCAUGACCAACCUCCUUUGGACCUGAAACAGACUAUGACCACUUGACAUAGACAACAAUGAUCUUACAAUAAACCCCUUCUCCCCCCACUCCUCCCCAAGCAAUGUCCACUCAUGACAGACUGCAUUGUAACAUGUACACGAAGAUGUUUGUAAUGAAUAACAUGUCUACGUUGUUCUUGUUUCUGCUAGCCCACUCGUGCUUGUAAACCAGGUUAAAAAUAAAGAAUAAAAAAAAUACAAUCUACCUUGAAAUGUAGACAUUUCACACUGCACUGUUUACCUAUAUUUUGCAACGAAGUGCCUCCUUCUUGGCCCAAGAAUUUGUGCUGCCUGGGUCCAAGGAUGAAAUGCCGCCCCGCCCGCACCAAAAGCACAACUUCUAUUAUGCUAUGCAGUGUGUGUAAUGAAUGCAAAGUCUGUUUGUGUAGUGGAUACUGUUUGUAUUGUGUUUGUGUGUAGUGAAUGCAGUGUAUGUGUCAUGGAUGCUGUCUGUUUUUGUGUCAUGGUUCUAGUGUGUAUUGUAUGUAGUGUGUGAACUAUAUUGUCUGUGUGUGUGGAUGCAGAGUCUGUGUAGUGCAUUCAUAUUUGUGUGGUGGAUGCAGGGUGUCUAGUGGAUGCAGUGUCAUGUGUAGUGAAUGCAGUUUCUGUAUAUAGUAGUGCAUGUAGUGUUGGAGAAGUGCUGGGGGGUGGGGCUGAGCAGUUUAAAUUACCUGAGUGCUGGAAGGUGAGGACAGUUUAGGAAGGUGACAGUAUAGGGGGGCAGUGUUUAGGAAUGUGACAGUAUGGGAGGGCAGUGUAUAGAAAGGCCGUGUGGGGAAGCAGGGUUUGGAGGGACAGGCUGAGGGGUUGGAGGCUGUGGGAGUCCAGGGGAGCAAGCUGUGGGGGGCAGUCUGUGAAGGACGUGGGGGUUGCAGGGUGUAAGGUGUAAGGGGGCAGGCUGUAAGGAGUGGGGCAGGGUGUGGAGGUGCAGGUUGUGGGGGAACAUGGUGUGGGUGUGCAGCUGGCAGGCUGUAAGGGAUGGGGCAGGCUUUAGGCUGGCAGGCUGUAAGGGAUGGGGCAGGAUUUGGUGCAGGGUUUGUGGGGGGGCAGGCUCUGGUGGGGGGUUGCAGGCUGUGUUGUGGGGUGGGUAGGUUGUGGGCGGAGGGGGGCACAGACUGUGUGUGGUGGGGAGAAUGUGAUCCACUUGAGAAAGCCCUGAGGGGAGAAACGCGUUGUGGUAUUUUAAUUGCUGUAUUUUAUUAAAGGUAUUUUGGCCACUUUCAACUUGUGAGUCAGCCAUUUUACUCUUUUAUUUAUUUUUACCUGGCACCAGAGUUUUUAUUGUUCCAGUGAGAAUUUUACUCCAAAGAAUCCUUGGUGGGGAUUAUACCACUCAAGCUUUAUCCAUUGAGCAGUGUGCCUGCUCAAUAAAAUGUGAGUAACCACUUGGUAUUUUAUUUUUAUACAAUGAGCACUAUUAUUGUUUCUUUUAUAUUUCAUAUGGUCCUCAUACCAACAAGAUAUCCAUCUACUACAAAACUUCACAUAUCCCAUAAGUGGGGAAUGUACCUCUGUAUGCCAUCCACACUAGAGCUAGUCUUAUAGCUCUGGAAAAAGUGAGUAGGACCAUAUAGACCUCUAAAAAUAGUACUUAGUACCUGUUGGGAAAUACUGCACCAUUAUUUGCGGUCUCUUUAUCUUUUCGGAUUUCAGAAAUAUCCCAUGCCCAUACCUUAUUGAGGAAUACUUCCCCUAACAAGAUUGUGACUGAUUUCUUAUACAAGGUUUUAUUUGGACUUUUUGCUGUAUUUAUCAGGCAUAGACUCUUUUGGACUUACUUUUUGGACUCUUGAUUAUUAUUCAUUAACCUAUUUCGAACUCUUUUUGGAUUUUUAUCUUAUAUAAUUGUAUAUGUGCUUGUGUAGUUUAUAAUCAGGUUUCUUUUCCACCUAUGGCGCUGCUUCCCCCUUCACCUUUUUUUGUUUUGUCUACUCUACAGGGCCUGUGAGGGAGCCUUAUUUUUGAGGUAUGCUGCCUUAUAUGUAUAUCUGUAAGAUCUAGUAUAUUAGUGGUGAUCCUUUGUACAUAUUUUGUAAGUCAGAUGCUCAGGGCAAUUUCUGCCUUUUGAGGUCGGCUGCAUUGAGCCAACAAAACCAGGUAGUAACAGGACCUGUUGACAGCUUGAAAGCCAAGGGUGUGUAACCAGGUUAAUUUAUUAUAAAAAUGUCAGUUUCUAUUGAAAUCUGCACUUUCUGCAAAAUAAAAAAAAAGGACACACUUCACACGUAAAGCUUUUCAUCAAGCUUAAGUUGUUUAGUGGUUUGAAGUGAGCCUUUAAAUAUUUUCUUAUUAAUGCAUUCAUUUAGUGUAAAUACAAUCAUAGUGCUGACUACAUUGACUAAAUGGCAUCAUAGCAAAACAAAACUUUAGAAAAUAACUGUUUUCACUGGUUCUCACACUUCUGACACGACAAUGCUAUUUUUAAGUGAUGAUAAUUGUGUUCCUCAUUUCCACUUUAGCUGAGAAUGUACUCCAGCCUUUGUGAAAUAAGGGAAAUCUUGAAAUGUGAAAAAAUGACAGUGGAUCUAUCACCUGCAAAUUUCUUACAUUUUUCUUUUUUUCAUUCUAUUAUUGGUGUUUUUGUCCUAACACCGUAUACAAUCCAUCUAAUAAGUUAUGCUGACUCGUACCAACAUUUCAAAUGGACAAAGAAAAGUAUUUUAAUUUUAGGGGUAUGAGUGGGGGUGUGACCAGGGUCUAGGCUGUUCUGAGAAACUUUAGGUGACUGAUAAUAGCAGUGGGUUGUUUUUUGCAACUAAAAUGUAAUUCAGAAGAAGAAGAAUGCAUCUUCUUUAUUCAGACUGGUUACUAAAUACAUUUUAUUGCAGUUUAACGACUCAUUACUGUAAAUACUAUUUCUGUGGGGCUCUUUUCUACACUCAGGUAGACUGGCAUAUUGCGCAUGUGCACUGACUUAAGAUGAAUACCGGCCCAGAUGACAGGACAUUGUUCCUGAUUUUCUGACAGGCAUGCUGCUUUACAAAUGUCGCCAUGUAUGAUCAUGACGUUCAUCUUUCUGGUUGAGCUCUAAAGCCUGAUACUGGAAAUACGUGUAGAACUGGAAUCACAUUUGGAACUUCAUUGGCCAUAAUUGGAGGGGCUUGUAAGGUGGAACUUUGAACACUGAGAAUUAAAAAAAAAAAAAAAUUCUACCCUUAAUACCCUAAGGAAGUUCAGGGCAAAACAGAUUGGGAUUUCAGAGCAUUCUGAAGCCUUAUUCUCUGGCUUGGUAUCUGAUAUUAACCCUGGACAUGGUCGUUCCCCCUAUUGCAAGGGAUCUGGACCCAAAACAAGCAGGUGGAUUGACAAUUGUGUCCAUUGCUGGGGCCAUCUGUCUUUCAUAUUGGAGGUCUUUUGACCUAUCUAUGUGCCCUUGUGGCCACUUUCAGUGGUGUCAUUGGGGUAAUCACUAUCAUUGUGUCUGAUUUUGUACUUGAUUUUACACUUGUGGCUUCUCAGUUUUGGCUUUAUUUUUGUUAAAUAAAUCAUGACACGGUGUAAUAUCCAUGUUUUGUUGUUCAUUUGCGGUUGUAUUUACCUAAUUAUAAGACCUUCUAAGCAACAGAUGACUGUUAUGUCCUGAUAAGUAAAACCAUAGAAUUCAAAGAGGAUGGACUUUAUUUUUCGUGUGUGUAUGUAUAUAUAUGUAUGUAUGUAUAUUUUUUGUGUGUGUGUGUAUAUAUUUAUUUAUUUCUGUGGUGAGUGGGAGUAGUGACCAUGUCAUACCACAAUUAAAAACUGUUUUAUUAAACACUGUUUGAGUAACCAUUUAAGUGUAAAUUGUGAGGAAUGCAAACUGAAUUAAAUUAUUUAGGCCACAACAGCUGAGCUGAAUUUUACUAUAUCCUUUUUACUAUUAUGGCCUCAAAUGUGAAUACUGAAAUAUGUUGCUUGCAUUCUAUUAAUUGUUUUGUUGCAGUGUGGCUUCAUAAGAUUAAAUCCCUGUGUAUUCAUUCCCUGAUUAUCUCUGCACUUCACUUCAAACCAUCUUGACUAGAAUACUUGUUUACAGCAUUGUACGGCAACAUUACAGUCAGGCAUUUCUCAUUGGGACACUGAGCAAUUCAAGAGAAAUAGUAAAGAACCAUUAUGUGAAUAUAGUUUUACUGAUUAGUGUUCAUGAGGGAGAAAAAUAUGCAGCUUCUAUGACCAUCCCUAGGGCAAACCUAAGGUUAGUUUUAUGAUCAUGAGUCAUGAAGCAGUUACAGGAUUGUGAUAUGUUUGUUAGUCCAUCAGUGUAUUAAAUGCCCCUACCUAUAUAUUUUCCUUUCUAUUUCAAAAUCUUGGGAAUACUUUAUUAGAUAAUCUAGGUCAGUGGUUUACAACCUUUUUUUUUUUUUUUUUUUUUCACUUGAGUACCCCUUGGCAGACCAUUUUCAUAAAUUGUACCCCACAUAUUGGCAAAAUGUUUGUAAUUAAUAUAGUUGCAUUUAUUUCAAAUGUAUAUGUUUUUAUAUGUCCCUUUUUCACUGCCCUAGGCUCCCCCUGCUACUCCUCUGCCCCAGACACACACACUAACACACGUGCAGAUACACAGACACACACACACACUGACACACAUGCAGAUACGAAGACACAUAGAUACAUACACUGACACACUUAAGAAGGUUACAUACCCUUACCCGCGAACACACAAAAACGCAUACAGGUCUGUUUUUUGGCUGGCUGGGUCUGGUGGGAGUUAGGGGCCUGCUGCUCUUCCGGCCUGCCUCGUCCUCUCCCGCGCGGCUUGCUCAGUGUGUGAUCUGUGAGGAAGUAGUUAUGAGCUGUUCCUCCCAGCUCUGGCUGCACUAACACAGGGGUCAUGUCAUGCUAUUAAAGCGCCGCAUCGCGUAACUGGGUCCCUGAAGGCACAUGUGUAUCGGGUGACCCUAAGUGCAUGGGCCACCUGAUAGACUCAGAAAAAAAGAGAGUGAGCGCUAAUUAACAGAUGGGGGAUCAAGGGAGAUCCCACAAACCCUUCGGAAACAAAGAUAGUGAGAAAAAUAGAAGUAAGGGCUGCACCAAUUCUUAUAACAAAAUAUAAUGAGCAGUGAAAAUCACAACAUAAAAUAAGUAAAAAUCACAACACACACAGUAAACAAUUCAAAUAUCAGUAAAAAAAAAAAAAAAAAGUCCAAUAAAAAGGAUCUUACUCAGAUCAAAUAUAGAAUAAAGUGCUCAAAGGGGAGUAAUAUCCUCAGUGUCUUUUUGAUGAAUCCACUCAUAUGAAAGACAAUAACCAAUAGUGCAAUAUGAACGUUCCAAUAUGUAUAUAUGUGGAAUAAACUCACAUUUAGUAGAGCUAUAGCUAGCUCUAGUGUGAAGGGCAUACAGCGAUAUAUUCCCCGCUUAUGAGAUAUGUUGUGGGGUUCUUGCGUCUGGUGUAUGAUCCGCACUCAGGAAAGAGGGUAAAAAGAGACAACUAAUAGUGCUCUCUGAAUAAAAACAACAGUAUAUAUAACAAUUAAAAUAGUACUCACAAGCAAAGAAGAGGCUAACUGUUCCUUGGUAACACUGCUGGUGGUUAGUGAUGUCGCGAACAUAAAAUUUUCGGUUCGCGAACAACGAAUGCGAACUUCCGCAAAUGUUCGCGAACCGCCAUAGACUUAAAUAGGCAGGCGAAUUUUAAAACCCACAGGGACUCUUUCUGGCCACAAUAGUGAUGGAAAAGUUGUUUCAAGGGGACUAACACCUGGACUGUGGCAUGCCGGAGGGGGAUCCAUGGCAAAACUCCCAUGGAAAAUUACAUAGUUGAUGCAGAGUCUGGUUUUAAUCCAUAAAGGGCAUAAAUCACCUAACAUUCCUAAAUUGUUUGGAAUAGCGUGCUUUAAAACAUCAGGUAUGAUGUUGUAUCGAUCAGGUAGUGUAAGGGUUACGCCCGCUUCACAGUGACAGACCAAACUCCCCGUUUAACGCACCGCAAACAACCGCAAACAGUCCAUUUGCACAACCGCAAACUCCCCAUUUGCACAAGGUUGGAUACCAAGCUAGCCAUGUCCCGUUCCUUGUCCUCACUGAUGUCAUUGAAGGUCUCUUCCUCCACCCAGCCACGUACAACACCAAGGGUCCCCAAAAGGUGACAACAAGCCCCCUGGGACGCCUGCUGUGUUUGGUCUUCCACCUCCUCAAAGCCACCUUCCUCCUCUGACUCCUCUUCUUCAGACUCCUCUCUCUGCGUUGCCUCUCUGCAUUAUUAUAAGGUGUUUUAAGUAGUACUAUUCCUAUCAGUUUAAUCCCUGUUACGUCCCCUAUCAGGGGACGUGUAUAUGGCAUCGAUUUUAGCAACCGGGAGAUGGAAAAAGAUGCUUGGUCGGUCCUCUUUCUUCAAAUUUGGGGCACUGCGCGUGCAAUCUAAUGUGUCACCAGAUAGGAGUGGUGUGUUAAGUAGUACUAUUCUUAUCAGUUUAAUCCCAAUGUCACGACUACUAGUGUGGUCCAGCACGCAGAAACUAUGUAAACAUAUACAUAGGCAAGAAAAGGAAAAUAAAAGGACAGCGCGUAAACCGGACCUUAGAAUGGCCGGACUAAUACGCUAGAGACAGAGGAAAAUGGGAAAGCCGAAGUCAAGGAAGCCAGAAAAUACACAAUACCGUUUACACAAGCCAAGUCAGGGGAACCAGAAUUCAGAAUAACCAGGGAAAAACCAAGAUCAGGAUACCAGGAAAUCAGAUUCACAAUGAUAAAGCACUCUCAGGAAACCAGGAACAGGAAACCACGACAGGGCAAGGUACUGGGGUGAGCUAGGGAUUUAAAUAUCACUGUCAGUCCCUUCGGGAUCCAUCCCUCAUUUAUCUUAAUAAAGGUGAGGUAAUCUAGACUUUUUUGACCUAGGUAACUUCUCUUCUCAGUGACAAUACCUCCUGCUGCACUGAAGGUCCUUUCUGAUAGGACACUUGAAGCGGGGCAGGCCAGAAGUUCUAUCGCAAAUUGGGAUAGCUCAGGCCACAGGUCAAGCCUGCACACCCAGUAGUCAAGGGGUUCAUCGCUCCUCAGAGUGUCGAUAUCUGCAGUUAAGGCAAGGUAGUCUAGUACCUAUCGGUCGAGUCGUUCUCUGAGGGUGGACCCCUAAGGGCUGUGGCGAUGCGUAGGACUUAAAAAGCUCCGCAUGUCCUCCAUCAACAACAUGUCUGUAAAGCGUCCUGUCCUUGCCGGCGUGGUCGUGGGAGGAGGAGGAUUACUUUCACCUCUUCCCCUGUUAGAUUCCCGUUGUGCUGUGACAUCACCCUUAUACGCUGUGUAAAGCAUACUUUUAAUUGAUUUUGGAACUGCUGCAUCCUUUCCGACUUUCCGUAAUUCGGUAACAUUUCAGGCACUUUCUGCUUAUACCGGGGGUCUAGUAGCGUGGACACCCAGUACAGGUCGUUCUCCUUCAGCCUUUUUAUACGAGGGUCCCUCAACAGGCAUGACCGCAUGAAAGACCCCAUUUGCACAAGGUUGGAUGCCGAGCUACUCAUGUCCUGUUCCUUGUCCUCAGUGAUCUCACUGAAGGUAUGUUCUUCCCCCCAGCCACGUACAACACCACGGGUACCAGAUAGGUGACAACGAGCACCCUGGGAUGCCUGUUGUGGUUGGUCUUCCUCCUCCUCCUCAAAGCCACAUUCCUCCUCUUCCUCACAAUCCUCUUCCAGCGUUGCAGCAGGUCCAGCAAGCGAUGCUGAUAAGGCUGUUUCUGGUGGUGAUGGUGACCACAACUCUUCCUCUUCACGCUCAUCUACGGCCUGAUCCAGCACUCUUCGCAGGGCACGCUCCAGGAAGAAAACAAAUGGUCUGAUGGUGCCUUGGUGCGACUGACUAGGUUUGUCACCUCCUCAAAAGGACGCAUGAGCCUAUAGGCAUUGCGCAUGAGCGUCCAGUAACGUGGCAAAAGAAUUCCCAGCUCCGCAGAGGCUGUCCUAGCACCCCGGUCAUACAAAUACUCGUUAACAGCUUUUUCUUGUUGGAGCAGGCGGUCGAACAUUAGGAGUGUUGAAUUCCAACGUGUCGGGCUGUCGCAAAUCAAGCGCCUCACUGGCAUGUUUUUUCGCCACUGGAUAUCUGAAAAGUGUGCCAUGGCCGUGUAGGAACGCCUGAAAUGGCCACACACCUUCCUGGCCUGCUUCAGGACGUCCUGUAAGCCUGGGUACUUAUGCACAAAGCGUUGUACGAUCAGAUUACACACAUGUGCCAUGCACGGCACAUGUGUAAACUUGCCCAAAUGCAAUGCUGCCAACAAAUUUCUUCCGUUGUCACAAACCACUUUGCCGAUCUCCAGUUGGUGCGUAGUCAGCCACUGAUCCACCUGUGCGUUCAGGGCGGACAGGAGUGCUGGUCCGGUGUGACUCUCUACUUUCAGGCAAGUCAACCCCAAGACGGUGUGACACUGCCGGAUGCGGGAUGUAGAAUAGUACCUGGGGAGCUGGGGGGGUGCCGUUGAUGUGGAGCAAGACGCAGCAGCAGAAGAGGACUCAGCCGAGGAGGUAUGGAAGAGGGUGGAGUAGGAGUAGAGGAGAUGGCAGCAGGCCUGCCUGCAAGUCGUGGCGGUGUCACCAACUCCUCUGCAGAGCCACGCAUUCCAUGCUUGGCAGCCGUCAGCAGGUCAGCAAAUUUUUUGAACGCCUCAGACUCCACCAGCUUGUAUGGUAAAAGCUGGCGGGCUAAGAUUUCAUUUAAGCCAGCUGUCAGACGCCGGGCAAGGGGAUGACUUUGUGACAUUGGCUUCUUACGCUCAAACAUGUCCUUGACAGACACCUGACUGUGGGCAGAUGAGCAGGAACUGCUCAAGGCGAGAGACGGAGGGGCGGAUGGUUGAGAGGGGGCAAGGAGGACAGCAGUGGUUAACGUGGCUGAAGAUGCUGGACCAGGAGGAGGAUGGCGGCUUUGAGUUUGUGUGCUGCUUGUACUCAUUUGUUGAUCCAAUAGGCGUUUGUGAUGUGUGAUCAUGUGCCUUCGCAAAGCAGUUGUACCUAGGUGGGUGUUGGACUUCCCACGACUCAGUUUCUUUUGGCACAGGUUGCAAAUGGCAUCGCUGUUGUCAGAGGCAGACACACAAAAAAAAUGCCACAUUGCUGAGCUCUGCAAUGACGGCAUUCUGGUGGUGGCAACAGCAUGCGUUGAUUGGCGUGCUGUCUCGCUGACCCCGGGUGCCGAUGCAUGCUGUCUGACUGUGCCACUAGCUCCUUGCGAUGACCUCCCCCUGCUUCCAACUCGUCUCCUCCUCCUCCUCUCUGUCUCCCCAUCUUCUUCUCUUCUAGCAGGCACCCAAGUGACAUCCACGGACACAUCGUCAUCAUCAACCGCUUCACUUGUAUCUGACAACUCAGCAAAGGAAGCAGCAGCGGGUACAACAUCAUCAUCAUCACACCGUACGUCCAUGUGUGUAAUGCUGCCUGACUGAGACAUAUCCCUGCUAUCUACAUCCUCUGGCAAUAAUGGUUGCGCAUCACUCAUUUCUUCCAACUGAUGUGUAAAUAACUCCUCUGACAUACCAAGUGAAGCUGCUGUGAUGCUAGUGUUGGUGGUGGCGGCAGGCGGGCGAGUGGUAACUUGAGAGGUGCCCGAAGCUAAGCUGGAGGAGGAUGGUGCGUCAAGGUUCCGAGCGGAAGCUGUAGAAGAUUGGGUGUCCUGUGUUAGCCAGUCAACUAUGUCCUUAGAACUUUUCGAGUUCAGGGUACGUGGCCUCUGAACACUGGGCAUUAUUCUAGGGCCAAAAGGAAUCACAGCACCACGACCACAAUGGCCACUGCGGGGUGGCCUGCCUCUGCCUGUCAUUUUUUUUGAUUACUGGUACUAUGCGUGCAAGCUACUGUGACAACAGAUAUGAGUGGCACUGUGCAGUGGCAGAAGUUGGCAGAAGUUGGCAGAGUAGAUGCUGUAGGCCUGACACACAGGCUUGCAGACAACUAACUGCUAUUCAAUCUAUUACAGUCAAAAUUGUAUUUUUUUUUUUAAAAUGUACACUACUGUUACACCAGAUAUGAGUUGCACGGGUGUGACACUGUGCCCUGGCAGGCCCUGAAACGCACACGUGUGAAGGAAACUGACUGCUAUUAUAUUACAGUCUAAGUUUUUUUUUUGUUAAAUGCAAGCUAUUGUGACACCGGAUAUGAGUGGUGGCACUGGGCAAGUGGGCACAGUAUAUGCUGUGAGCCUGACACACAGGCUGGCAGGCAGGCAACUGCAAUUACAUUACACAGAAAAAAAAAAAGCAGACUGAUGUUCUAGCCCUAAAAAGGGCUUUUUGGGGUGCUGUCCUUACAGCCGAGAACAGAUGAGUCCUUCAGGACUGUAGUGGACACUGAAUACACUAGCCUAGCUAUCAAUUUCCCUAUCAAAUCAGCAGCAGCUGCACUGUCCCUCCUCUCACUAAGAAUGCAGCCUCACAAUGAAUGUAAAAUGGAUGCUGUCCAGGAGGUGGGAGGGUCUACUGCUGAUUGGCUGGAAUGUGUCUGCUGACUGAGGUACAGGGUCAAAGUUUACUCAGUGAUGAUGAAUAGGGGGCGGACCGAACAGCGCAUAUGUUCGCCGUCCGUGGUGAACGUGAACAAGCGAUGUUCGCCGGGAACUAUUCGCCAGCGAACCGUUCGGGACAUCACUACUGGUGGUAUGAUCCCCACCUCGGAUUUCUUGGAGUGCAGGAUACUAAAAAAUGCUAGGUAAAAAUCAAGUGUAUAAAAAGAUAGUUGGCACCAGGUUAGUGACCAAAAAAUCUUUAUUACAAUACACAAUUAAAAAUCCAUAAACGUUUCGCCUCAGGGCUUUAUCAAAAUAGAAUAACACAUAAUACUUAAAGGUAGGCAGACAAUGUAAUAGAGCAGCAGGAAAUGCUAGCAGAAUGCUUGGUUGUAUAGGGAGAGGUACUAGCAGUAGAAAGAGAGAAGUGCUCAUGCCAUUGUACAGAACACUGGUGAGACCUCACUUGGAGUAUUGUACGCAGUACUGGAGACCGUAUCUUCAGAAAGAUAUUGAUACCUUAGAGAGAGUUCAGAGAAGGGCUACUAAACUGGUUCAUGGAUUGCAGGAUAAAACUUACCAGGAAAGGUUAAAGGAUCUUAACAUGUAUAGCUUGGAGGAAAGACGAGACAGGGGAAUAUGAUAGAAACAUUUAAAUAUAUAAAGGGAAUCAACACAGUAAAGGAGGAGACUAUAUUUAACCCCUUAAGACCGGAGGGCGUACAAUUACGCCCUAUUUUAGGUGGCUCUAAACGCCGCCGGGCGUAAUUGUACGCCCUCUGGUCUUUCAUUACUUACCUGGUCGCCGGCGGUCCCACAGCGGCGAUCGCGGUGGGGGGGGAACUCCCAGGGAGCCGCCCCCUCCCCCCCCCCCGGCGCAGAUCCUCCGGUGCCCCCCGGCCAUGUGAGAGUGAGGUCCUUGCGAAGACCUCACAAUCACAUGGCCGGGAUAGCUGGCUUCUGUAAUGACAGGUGGUCCCCCUGCUGGCUGGAAAUAAAAAUAAAAUAAAUUUCAAAAGUGUAAAAAAAAAUGUAUACUUAGAUUUUAUUUAUAUAGAUAUAUAUAUAUAUAUAUAUAUAUAUAUAUAUAUAUAUAUAGAUAUAUAUAUAUAUAUAUAUAUAUAUAUAUAUAUAUAUAUAUAUAUAUAUAUAUAUAUAUAUAUAUAUAUAGAUAUAGAUAUAUAUAUAUAUAUAUAUAGAUAUAUAUAUAUAUAGAUAUAUAGAUAUAGAUAUAUAUAUAUAUAUUCUAAGUAUAAAAUAUAUUUAUAUAUAUUUAUACAUACACACACUGUCUAGGUGUGUGUUAUUGCUGUGAUACUUUUUACUGUUUUGAAACACAAAUAUUUGUGUUCAGCUAAGUCUCCCGAGUACAACAGUACCCCUCAUGUACAGGUUUUAUGGUGUUUUCAAAAGUUACAGCGUCAUAUAUAAGGCUUGUGUUUCAUUUUUUUCACAUUAAAAUUCGCCAGAUUGGUUACGGUGCCUUUGAGACCCUAUGGUAGCCCAAGAAUGAAAAUUACCCCUAUGAUGGCAUACCAUUUGCAAUAGUAGACAACCCAAGGUAUUGCAAACGGGGUAUGUCCAGUCUUUUUUAGUAGCCACUUAGUCACAAACACUGGCCAAAAUUGGCGUUUUUUGCAUUUUUCACACACAAACAAAUACUAACGCUAACUUUGGCCAGUGUUUGUGACCAAAUGGCUACUAAAAAAGACUGGACAUACCCCAUUUGCAAUACCUUGGGUUGUCUACUAUUGCAAAUGGUAUGCCAUUAUGGGUGUAAAUUUCAUUCCUGGGCUACUAUACAGUCCCAAAGGCAACGUAACCAAUCUGGCGAAUUUCAAUUUCAAAUGUAACGUGCUAUAUUUGACCCUGUAACUUCCCAAAACGCCAUAAAACCUGUACAUAGGGGGUACUGUUUUACACGUGAGACUUUGCUGAAUACAAAUAUGUGUAUUUUAUUGCAGUAAAAGCAAACAGUAUUAUGACAUUGACAGUUAAAAUGUCAUGUAGAACUAAAAAAAAAAAAAAAUCUUAUUUUCUCCCAUUUUUUCAUAUUAAAUUAUGUUUCAUAGCUAAAUAUUUGAUAUUAAAUGAAAGCCCUGUUUCCCCUGAAUAAAAUUAUAUAUAAUAAGGGUGGGUGCAUUUACUAUGAAAGAGGUGAAUUACGGUUGGACAGACAUGUAGCGCAAAUGCCAGGUUUUGUUUACAUUUUGUUUCGUUCACAACGUGUACAUUUGGCUCUGCCCUUAAGGGGUUAAAAGAAGAAAAACUACCACAACAAGAGGAAAUAGUCUUAAAUUAGAGGGACAAAGGUUUAAAAAUAAUAUCAGGAAGUAUUACUUUACUGCGAGGGUAGUGGAUGCAUGGAAUAGCCUUCCAGCUGAAGUGGUAGAGGUUAACACAGUAAAGGAGUUUAAGCAUGAGUGGGAUAGGCAUAAGGCUAUCCUAACUAUAAGAUAAGGCCAGGGACUAAUGAAAGUAUUUAGAAAAUUAGGCAGACUAGAUGGGCCGAAUGGUUCUUAUCUGCCGUCACAUUCUAUGUUUCUAUACCUGGCAGUAUGAGUUUAAAUAGGGAUAAAAAUUAUUAAAAUUGGCGCCAAAACAAAGAACAGCCAAUUACAGUACACAUGGUGAAAUACAACUUUAAAACAGGCUAAAACAUAUAUAGGUAGUAAACAGUAAUUGUAGUACUUGGGUAUUUAAUGUAAAAACUAGGUGUCUAUCACAGAAUAUAAGUGAUUUAUUCUGAUCAUGUGACAAUUUUCAGCCAUUUCUUGGGAAAUGUAGUUUUUUGUUUUGUUUUUUUCUCAUAGCAAAUAGUAAAUGAUAACAAAAAUAUAUGAAGAUUAUAUAUGUGAGGGCUAGACUUAAUAAGGAAUAUAACAAGGUAAAAUAAAAAUAGCUAAAACAAGCCGAUGAUAGAAGUAAAACAAUUAAAACAUUAAAUAAAACAAUUAAAAAAAGCAGAUGAUAGAGGUAAACAUGCAUACAUCUAAUGGACAUUGUGACGAAAGCAACACUGGUUUUUGGAGGGGCUUGUUUGCCAGCCUCCUACCCUGGGACUGUGGGCCCUAUGAUAACCCAUGUUCAAAAGUACUGUUUCUGCCCCUUAGACUUUUAACUGGAACAGAUUCAAACAUGUGGCGGUGGACAUCUUAAAGGGACACUAUAGUCACCCAGACCACUUCAGCUCAAUGAAGUGGUCUGGGUGCCAGGUCCCUCAGGUUUUAACCCUUCAGAUGCAAACAUAGAAGUUUCAGACAAACUGCUAUGUUUACAUUGAGGGUUAAUCCAGCCUUUAGUGGCUGUCUUCCGGACAGCCACUAUUAGCGCAUCUGCGACGCUGGAGGCAUAUUAUGCCUCCAUCGCGCAGAGUGUCCAUAGGAAAGCAUUGAGAAAUGCUUUCCUAUGGACACUUUGAAUGCGCAUGCGCGGCAAAUACGUUUUUACAUGAAAUUAAAUACUCAAGUACUAUUACUGUUUAUUACCUAUAUAUGUUUUAGCCUAUUUGUACUGUGAUUGGCUGUUCUUAGUUUUGGAGCCAAUUUUAAUCAUUUGUAUCCCUAUUUAAACUCAUACUGCCAGGUAUUAUGUGUUAUUCCAUUUGAUAAAGGCGUUUAUGGAUUUUUAUUUGUGUAUUGUAAUAAAGAUUUUUCUUUGGUCACUUCUCUUGUGCCAACUAUCUUUUUUUUUUUUUUUAUACACUUGAUUUUUACCUGGCAUAUUUUAGCAUUCUGCACUCCAAGAAAUCCGAGACGGGGAUCAUACCACCAGCACUGUUACCAAGGAGCAGUUAGCCUCCUCUUUGCUUAGGAGUAUUAUUGUAGUUGUUUAUAUAUACUGUUGGUUUUUAUUCAGUGAGCACUAUUAGUUGUCUCUUUUUAUCCUAUUUCCUGAGUGUGGCUCAUACCCCAGACGGAAGAACCGCACAGCAUAUCCCAUUAUCGGGGAUUAUACCGCUGUACGCCCUUCACACUAGAGCUAGCUAUAGCUCUACUAAAUGUGAGUUUAUUCACGUUUAUUUCACAUAUAUACAUAUUGGAACUUUCAUAUUGCACUGUUGGUUCUUUUUAUCUGUUUUUUGUCUUUCAUAUGAGUGGAUUCAUCCAGAAAAAGACACUGAGGAUAUUACUCCCGUUUAAGCACUUUAUUCUAUAUUUGAUCUGAGCAAGAUCAUUUUUAUUGGACUUCUAUUUUUCUCACCCGAUACUCAGCCUGUGGUUCUCAACUUGUGCGCACCACUGCCAUUACCGAAAAGUUUUGUGUACCCCCUAGGGCACUGAAUUGUAUCUCUGGGGGUACACGUACAACGGGUUGGGAACCGCUGAUCUAGAUAAUAGAAUAUUAAAUAAGUUUAUGUAUUUCAUGUUAAUCGUGGGUCAUCUUUAAUCCCUUGCAAACUGUUUUCUUGAGUUUCUUUGCAUUCUGUUUUUGAGGCAGUAUUGGCACUUCUGUUAUGUUUUUUUCUUUUAUUGUUCUUCUCCACUUUUCAGUACUCUGUAGUAGUUAAGGAGCCUGUAGUCAACCAGGAUUCCUGACUGUUAAUUGCCAAACAGUUUGAAGCACAAGUUAACACUUACCUGCCUCUUUCACAAGCCACCAAGUAUGAACUUCUGUUUUCUCAAGCUAGUUCAGAACUACAUACGCAUUUUAACUCAAGUUUAUACCAUCAAGUGACACCUGGGUCUCCCUGGUGAGAGCAGGGACUUAGCCCUUUUGACACCAAGUCGGCCCCCUUACCUAGGUUACAAAGGUGAUAUAUACCCAUCUUUAUCCAGUGCUGCAUGUCUGGCUCUGCCCCCGAUCUGCCUCCUUGGCUGAUAUCACCAAAAUUUAUGAUCUCAGCCAAUCACAAUGCUUUCCCAUAGGAAAGCAUUGGAUUGGCUGAGAUUGUCAAUUCUGAUGAUCUCAGCCAAAGAAGCAGGGCGGAGCCAAACAUCACCAUGGCCAAUCAGCAUCUCUUCAUAGAGAUGCAUUAAAUCAUUUUCUAUGGGAAAAGUUCAGCGUCUGAAAAGACAGUGUUUACAUUAAAAUGCCUGCAGGGACAUGCGAUAUUCUACAGAGCAACUACAUUAAAUUAUUGUGUCUCUUUAAAAAUUUUACAAUUUACCAGCCACAAUUUGUGACAGAUCCACUUUAGGGACUGCUGGUCUUUCAUUCAUACAUGAAACUGUUCUUUCUGAAUUCUGUUACAAAAACAGCUUAUAUUUUGGAUAUAAUGAGUUUUAAAGAUGGUAUAAAUUGGGGGGCGGGGCCUGGACAUCAUGGCGGCUGGACGCACUUCGUGUGAGCUCCGAGCUCAAUGCCUCGAUUAAGCCUGAAUCUAGCCAGCCAGCCGGCCACAACGCCACGAAAAGAGACUUACCUACCUCGGGAGCCAGCAGAGGAACCCCGGGCCUGUCGCCCGCGGGUACACUUCACGGCCGACGGAGGUCGGAGGAGUGAGGCCUAGUACGGCCGUCGGACGGGGGAAGCGGCCGAUCCCCCGCUCGGUGUGCAGCUGUGCAACCCCAAGCUCCUCUCUCAGCCCUGUUUCCCCCCCCUUUGGACCGGCGGGGGUCAUCCCGGUCCGACCUGGCUAGUCUCAAGCACGAAACAGCCCCACAAAACUACAACCAAGCAAAGCUCACAAAAUGGCGGCCUGUCAUAUCCAGCGUGAACCAGCCAUCACGCAGUCUGAGACGGCACUGCUAACUCCCGCGCAAAUAACGCAGAAGAAACUGGAUGACAUUUUCGACUGUUUCUGGGCUAAGCUGGAAGCCCGUCAAGCUGCAGCAGCUAUUCAUCACGGGGAGGUUCACGGUAGGGCGGUGAGUUGGCCCCCUCUGAUCCCCCGCAUAUUAAACAUACACAAGCCUAUCAGUCAGCGAUCACCUAGGCCGAGGGCCGUAACGGGUACAGCCCCACAGCAUCACCCACGCAGACGGAAGAUCGCCCGCAACCGGCAGCGGAAUACCACCACGACCUCCCAUCUACCCCAUGCAGGGGAGGUCUGGGACCCUAGGAGCCCACACGACCGUGGCAAGAGGAUGCUAGCCUACCAACCGGCCUGGGGCGUGAGAGAUGCCCAACUAAACCGCCUGAAUGCUGCAGCCUCCCUAGCACCCGACGUGCAAGACUUUCGAUUUCCUACCUCGGGCAUUGGCUGAGCGCUGACAAGCUUCUUACAGCCGCACCACCAUUGGAGUCCUGAUCAUAAGCGGCAACCGUCACGGAUGUGACUCGCACUCACUAAUGCCAGCCUCACAGUACUUCCCCACGUGAAUGCAAUCAAAGGCAUCCGAACGUUUCUGUCUAUGGUUUAUUUCUGAUUUGUUUAUGCUUUAAUUAUUUGUGCUACCUCUGUGCUCCAGGUCCAUCCGUACGUUAGACCUCUGCCUAACAUAUGACACAUAGCAUGUUCACACGUAAUCUUGUACCUAUUCUCAUUAGAGACCUGCUUAAAUACCACGACUAACCAUAUUAGGCGUAAAUCUUUAACUAAAUAUAUUUAGAGGGCAACUAUUGAAUAGCCGCAUAGGCACAACCCGAUGAGACAGCCAGGCUUCUCAGCUAGUUACUCAGCAACGUUACACCUCAUGCACCUGUAUCUAUACCACGCAUGUUUUAUGGUUAACUAUCCAACCUGUAAUUACUUUGUACACAUGACAUUUUGUAUAAGCAAAACUACGGUAAAACAUAACUAAUCCCAUUACUAAUACAUAAGCUCGCAUACGUAGACUAAUUACACUAUUAUUGUCCUGCUCAAGUAUUCCUAGCCUGUUUACUCUCAUAAAUAUAAAAAUGUGCUGUAUUACUCUGCUAUGACACUGUCUGCUUUUGAAAUGCCUGUACUAGCUGUCGUGGCAAUACAGGCCCAUCUGUUAUGUUUUCUUAUGCACAAGAAAAAUAAAGAAUUUAAAAAAAAAAAAAAGAUGGUAUAAAUUAGUUUUAAGUGUAUUACCUCUUUGAAUUAUUUAGAUUAUGAGCUUGUUGGGACAGGGCCCCCUUCACCCACAGUUCCAAAUGUCCUACAUGUUUUGUGAGAAUUAAAUGUUUGUCUUGACAAAUGUACAAUGCUUCGGAUAUAUUAAUAUAAAGAUAGUUGUAAUAAAAUACAUAACUUUGUGCUUAAAAGAACACUAUAGGGUCAAGAACACAAACCUGUAUUCCUGACCCUGUAGAGUUAAAAACUCCAUGUUGCCCACUUGUCCCACUCUUGCCCCCCUAAAUAUUGCAAAAUCUUACUUUUGUUCAAGUCUGCAGCUGCUGGCUCUGCCCCAGAUCUGCCUGCUUGGCUGACAUCAGAAGGGAUUAUGUGAGCCAGUCACAAUGCUUUCCCAUAGGAUUGGCUGAGACGGUCAAAAGAGGCAGAUCAGUGGAAGAGGCAACACAAGCCAAACACAGCCCUGGCCAACCAACAUCUCCUCAUAAAGAUGCAUUGAAUCAAUGCAUUUCUAUGAGGAGUUUGUGUCUACAUGCAGUGUGUCCCUUUGUGGCUAUAGCUGUCACUCACUAAAUUUCUCACUUCUGAAGUUGUCAGGAAGUAUAGUUCGCUAGAGGAACAAUUGUAUAAAAUAUGUUAGCUGGUACAUUUAAAUUCCAUGGAGUUGGUGGUGUGUGUUGUUGUUUUAUUUUUGUUUUUUUGUUUUUUUGUUUUGUUUUGUUUUUUGCCUUUUAUUGUGUGUGUGUGUGUGUGUGUGUGUGUUUGUUUUUAAGACUGUAAAUCCUGAACUGUAUAUUAUGGGAGAAAGUUACCUGGAAUGUAAAUAUUUAAAACCAAAUCAUUUUUGCACGCAGGCAAAGAAACUGCUUUAUUUAAUUGCUAGCACACUGCUAUGUUCUGUGUUCUGAAUAACCUCUGCCUGUGACACGGCAGUCCUCCUAUACCAUAUGUGUACAAGAAGGCAGUGUGCCUGCUUUAGGUUUCUGCUUGAGACUGGUUUGCUUCAAUACCACUGGUGUGCCAUCUCAUUCAGCUCAAGUUCACACUGAGAGAUAUAUCUUGGCUUUGGUGAAAGCUGUACAUUGACCCCUGUAUCUACAACAAACUGUCAGAACUCAGUGCUGCCAUCUGGUGGUUACUUAGUGCAGAUAUUUUUAUCAGACCAGCAAGAUGAUGGCAGCUAAAAUGGUAAAGACGCACAUUAAUUCUCUCAUUUAUUUCAAGGCUGUAGCAAUCCAUAAGUACUUUUCUCCUGCUAAUAUAAUACAGACAAAACUAUUUCCUUCCAUGUAAUCUGUUUUAUUACAACAAAAAAGUAAAAGGAGUUGCAAAUAUUUUGAUAGUAUCAUAUGUACUCGUCUAUAAGUUGAUAUCGUUUAUAAGUAGAGUGCAGUUUUUUGACCAACAAUUGUGAAAUAGGCUAUGUCUUGUGGAUAAGUUGAGGGUACUGCAUUCGAAUGGAAUUGUUCCCUUUUUGUUCGGUUACCGAACAGACCCUGUGUGGUCUCCCUUGUUAACACCUCAUAAUCACCGACCACGCCUGGCUGUUAACAACAAACAAGCAUUCCCUGGGUGGCUGCCAUUCAUAUAUACGAACGCAUAUGUUCAAACAAUCUUGUCUCCCGAACUCAGGCAGCGGUACAUGGUCGGCGGGUGCAUGGAUCUGAGUCGGCUACACAAGCCCGCAAACCCCACUGAAACUUGUACCCCUGCACGUUUGACUUCCUGAACAGCUACUAGAACGGCGUUUUGGAGUUGAAAUUCUAUCUAAACUAGCACCUACCCGUGGAUAAGUCGACUCUAUGUUUUAAAAUGAAGUUUAUGGCUAAAAUUUCUCAACUCUUACACGAGUAUAUACAGUAAAAUGUAUAUGUGCAUUUUUUUAUUUUUUUUUUAUAACUUGUAACUAGCAUUUACAAAUAUGUCUUGAUUUAUUUCCAGCAUCUUUCAUGUAUUUCAAUUAAAUUACAUUUGUUUAUAAUAAAAUUUAACUUUCCACACACUCUUCUCCCCCAUAAGAAGUUCCCUUUUCUGUAGUAAGAUUACUGAACACAAUAUCACUUAGUUUGUCUUCUUCAUCCCUCUAGUGGGGUUGUUCACUAGAGUGAGAAUUGUCAUUUAAAGGGACACUAUAGUCACCCAGACCACUUCAGCUCUGUGAAGUGGUCUGGGUGCCAGGUACCCCAGGUUUUAACCCUUUAAAUGUAAACAUAGCAGUUUCACAGAAACUGCUAUGUUUACAUUGCAGGGUUAAUCUAGCCUCUAGUGGCUGUCUUCCUGACAGCCGCUAGAGGCGCUUCUGCGAUGCUGGAUGUGAAAAUCGCAUUCAGCAUGCAGAACGUCCAUAGGAAAGCAUUGAGAAAUGCUUUCCUAUGGACUGUUUGAAUGCGCGCACGGCUCUUUCCGCGCAUGUGCAUUCUGCUCCACUCGGGAGCCCCCGGGGGGGGUGGGGGGAGCAGGGGGAGGUCACCAGUGCUGGAUUAAGGAAAGUGGCUGAAGGGGGUCUCUGAGGGUGGAGGGGACCUAAGGGUUACAUAGUGUCAGGAAAAUUAGUUUGUUUUCCUGACACUAUAGUGAUCCUUUAAUUUUAAAUUUCUUAGACGGUGCACGCAAAGACUCAAAGCACCCUGACGCCUUCAAAGCACAGUGGUGAGGGUGCUUGGCGUAACCCUUUAAUUCCACCUGAAAGCAAAGAAAUGACAAACCUAUGAGACAGAAUUAUGUAAGUGAUUUUUUUUUUUUUUUUUUGCAUGCUAAUGUUUUUUGCAGCUAGUUUUAAAAAGUUAUUGUGCUUAUAUGUUAAUCAUUAUUACUUUACUGAAAGGGUAGUGUAUGCAUGGAAUAGCCUUCCAGCUGAAGUGGUAAAGGUUAACACAGUGAAGGAGUUUAAAGACCACUAUGGUGCCAGGAAAACAAACUCGUUUUAAUGGCACUAUAGGGUCUGUGGGUCCCCCCCCUCCCGCCGGGCUGAAGGGGGAGGAAGGGGUUAAAGGCUUACCUUUCUCCAGCGCCGGGCUCCCUCUGUGCUGGGGACUCUCCUCCUCCUUUGGGCGUCAUCGGCUGAAUGCGCAUGCGCGGCAAGAGCCGCGCACACAUUCAGUCAGUCCAUAGGAAAGCAUUCUCAAUGGACGCUGGCGUCUUCUCACUGUGAAAAUCACUAGAGGCUGGAUUAACCCAUAUGUAAACAUAAGUUUCUCUGAAACUGCUAUGUUUACAGCAGGCAGGGUUAACCCUAGAUGGACCUGACAACCAGACCACUUCAUUAAGCUGAAGUGGUCUGGGUGCCUAUAGUGGUCCUUUAAGCAUGCGUGGGAUAGGCAUAAAGCUAUUCUAGAUAUAAGAUAAGGCCAGUGACUAAUGAAAGUAUUCAGAAAAUUGGGCAGACUAGAUGGGCCGAAUGGUUCUUAUCUGCCGUCACAUUCUAUGUUUCGAUUAUAUUGUCAGUAAAGAAUUCAAAAACCUGUUAUUUCUCUCUACAGGUACGAGAACUGGUUUUGGACAACUGCAGGGCGCAUGAAGGCAAAAUCGAGGGACUUACAUCUGAGUUUGUCAAUCUAGAGUUCCUAAGCCUGAUAAAUGUAUUAUUGAUGUCAGUCUCAAAUCUUCCGGAGCUCCCCAAGUUAAAAAAGGUAGGCCUUUAACUUGAUGAUGUAUUGCAAACAAAGUUUCUAGCUGAAUGCUUUUUAAAACCAUUGCAAAGGACUUUCCAGGCAUUUUAACUGCUUAAUUGCAGUUUAUAUGUUUUGACAGCAUAUUCAUACUGUAUUUUUUUUCCAGAUCAAAAUCUUAGUACAGUAUUGCAGAAAGAAGGGGGGUUGGAUAAUAACUUUGUACAUUGUAAUUCUGCUGAUUUAGCCAUGCCCCUUAUUUUCACAAAGCAACCUGCUUAUUGGAUAUAGUUCUAAGUACAUACUCAGCUCAGCUAAUGAGAGAACAGCGUGAGUUGAGCUGCAGCUUGACUCCUCCCUGACAGUCAGUCACUUUCCUAUACCUGUACCAUUUACUCUUGAUGUACUAUAUAUUUAAAUAAGAACAGACACUAUGGUGGGAGCGGUGUCAAGUCAGCAGCUCAGUUCACACUGAUCUCUCAUGGCUGAGCUAUAAUGUAUACCUUCCAAACAGGAGGACAGUUUGUAAAAUGGGGAGAUAUGGCUAAGGGGUUACGAUUAUACACAACGCACGAGUAUGAGGCCAAACUUAUCAAUACACUUAAGUUGUAUAUAGGACAGGAAUUACAACUUACCUGUAUAUGUCUGUUGCAUGCUAUCCUGUGGAAACCACAUCUUCUGUUUGUGGUACAUGACAACCUAGCCUGUAUUACAAUUCAAUUCUCUGUGUUGGUAUUUAAUGUCACAUAGGAUUUUGAACAAUCUUCUUGUGUAUACAUGUUGUAUCUACGUAAAUAGUUAUGUUCUGUGAUAAUGUCAGUAAUUGGUGACAGCUUGUAUAUAGGGGCUAUCUAAGCACCAUAACUACUACACAUUGCUACGGUAGUUAUAGGCCUUUUUUUUUUUUUUUUAUUAGUUUGAAAGUUGCCUGGGUGCCCUGGGCACCUGAAAUCUAUCCUGUAGACACUUUUGUCCAUAUUUGGAUGAAUUGCAUUGGCUGGGUACAUUAGCUGAUACUCUAGGCCAGCGUUUCCCAAUUGGAGUUCCGCGAGAAUACAAAUGAGGUUCCGCCGUGAUUUCCCCAAACAAAAUGGCCACCGUGAAUUUUAUCACAAAUCAGGGGCCCGAUCGGGUGCCGCUGCCCUCUAAGAGCACGACUGGGCCCUUGUAGUAUCGGCCCGCUUUGAGGAAGUGAUGGCACUUUCUCCCAGCUUCACAGAGUUGCUGCUGCGCAGUAGGGAGGAGGCAGGAGAGGGCCGCCCAGAGAGUGAGCAGCUCACUCCCAUCAGCCUUAGCCAACAUCACUAGGACCACAAGCAAGCCACCCUCCUGGACACACAAGGUAAGUUAACAGGAGGGUGGCUCUGAUGUAUGUCAUAUUUGUGUGUGUGUGUCUCACUGUGUAUGUGCCAGUGUGUGUAUGUGUCACUGUGUGCAUCUGAGUGUUUGCAUGUGUAUCGUGAGUGUGUAUCUUGUGUGUCAGAUACAUACGCACACACAUAUACAAACUGACACACAGGUGCACAUACAAACACAGAUACACACACUUUGACACACAGAUACAUACACACACACAUACGCACUGUGUAUCUGCGUGCCACUUUCUGCCACUGUGUGUAUUUGUGUGUACCUGACACACAGAUACACACACACACACACAUAUACACACACAGAUGCACAAGGUGUGUAUCUGUGUGUCACACGCCGGCACAUAAAAAAAGGUUUAUGCAACACCCAAUUUUUUAUUUUUAUUUUUUUACGGGAGAGGGAUGGUGGGGUUUGUGGGUUCCAUGGUGUUGGUACACUAUGUCAAAGGAUUCCACGGGAAAGACUAAUUGGGAACCCCUGCUCUAGGCCAAUUGAUUUAGUCCAAACAUGGACAGUGUUAAUAUUGAUAAAGUGGAAGGGGAAAUUCUGCUUUUAAUGAUAUGUGAUGAUAGGCUGGACCGUAGGCAGGUAAGUGUCAUAAUAUUGAAAAAUUGUUUGACUGUUCUCUUUGGAGUGGAACUAGGCAGAUUCCUACCACCAUAACCACUACAGCGUAAUCAAAGGAUUGGAGUGCUAGAGUACCCCAUUACAUGUGAGAAAUAACCAGCAGACAUACUUUUAUAGCACCCUAGCUCUAUUCAAUAUCUUUAAACAUAACACAAAAUAGCCACACUUUUUUUUUUUUUUUUUUUUUUUUGCGGGAUUCUGAAGCACAACCAGGCUUACCAGGCCAGCCAUGAUCGUGGCAACAAUGUUGGUAGAAGAAGCUUAAAGAUUUAAUUGAAGUUUAAAAAUUGUUAUUUUUUUGUUUUCUUAGUGUGUGCAAUUUGAAGACUUACAAAAUGAGGAAAAAACAAAACUUGUAUGAAUAUCCAUUUAAUUUAAUUCAGCCUGGAUAACAUUGAUUGGCUGAGGAUUCUGUGGGCUAGUUAGCAGGCAAUACCAUUCAUUCUGGACAAAAUUGACAUUGGUAAUGCAGUACUGCACUGUUUAAUUCUACAUUAUCAAUCUAUCCAAUAUAGUGGUGGCCUCCGUGCCAUUAUGAUCUUUGGUUACUAUACAACUGUUCCUAAAUCAGGGUUGGCAACAUCAAGCAGUUGUGGUUAUGUUUCUUAGUGUUCCUUUCAAUUUUGGCAGGUAACCUGACUGUGUAUUUGACUGAGCAGUAAGUAACUCUUUGGGUCCGUGCUUUUUACAAAUGUUUGCCAUUUUAUAAAAUACGGAAGGUUUGUUUUUUUUCCAUUUUUUUUUUUUUAUUUAUUUUUUUUUGGAAAAGUUAAGUAGAGAAUGAACAUAAUUUGUGUUGUAUCUUGGUUCACUUGAGUUUUGUAGCAUUUUUUGUGUGUUGUGACUUUUUAUAGUGAUUAAUGGUGAUCUUUCUGAUCUCUUUUCCAGCUUGAGCUGAGUGACAACAGAAUCUCUGGAGGUUUGGAUGUUCUAGCAGAAAAACUGCCCAACCUCACACAUUUAAAUCUCAGUGGAAAUAAAUUAAAAGACAUUAGCACGUUGGAACCUCUGGUAAGUGUUUUAUGGUGAUUUGCUUUGAUAGAUUUAUGAAGACCUCCGCUUCUCUCAGAAUCCUCUUGUGAAACACCAUGACCUUGUCUGUUUGCAGUUAUAAAUUUCCUAAAAGUUAUUUUCCGAUCUGUUGUAAAAGCCACUGCCAAUCCCAAGUUUGUACCUGCCAUGGAUGCCAGUUCUUUCCCCAGCAAGCCCCGCUUUGAGUUUUACUCUUUCCCUAUCUCCUCACCUGCUGGCUACCAUGAGGAUUCUGUCUAACUGACCCAAGUAUUGUCAUGUCUGAGUAUACUCUCUGCACUAAGGGGCUUGAUAUUCAUGAAACAACAAGGCAUGUUGGUCAUGACACUAGAUUCAAUGCAGCUCAAGAAUUUAAAACAAUAUCAAGAGGAAGGGGUGAUUUAACCCCUUAAGGACCAAACUUCUGGAAUAAAAGGGAAUCAUGACAUGUCACACAUGUCAUGUGUCCUUAAGGGGUUAAAGUGCUAGUUAGUAUAAAAAUCACCACUUCUAGUUUUUAAUGAAGUAUAAAAAAAAAAAAAAAAUUGUAUCUUCAUCCUCUAUUUAUAAAUAUCACAUUUAUUGGAAGCCUUACUAUAAAUAUAAUAUACUUUUAUCCAAAUUAACUAAGUCGUUUUUAUUAAAGAGACACUACGAGCACCAAAACAACUUUAACUUAAUGGACUUAAACAGUCUCCCUACACAUUUCCUGUAAAGAGAUCUAAUAGUGUUUCCCUGUCCUUUUUAAAUUAUUUUGCCAGCCCUAAAAGGUUUUAAUAAAUAAGAUUUAUUUUCUCAUCUUUUCUCACCAUGCCUGUACCCCUGAGGCUGUCACUGCACCAGGGUGAGGCAAUCAUUAAUAAUGGCCCUGGCCAAUCCAAUGCUUCCACGUAGGGGGGUAGUGUGCAUGCAUGGCUAUCGCUAUGCUGCACCAAUCAGUAUUUUCUCAUAGAAAUGAAUUAACUCAGUGCAUCUCUUUGGGGAGCAUUCAGUGUUUUCCUGAAGAUGCUGGCCUUUAGUCAUGCAAAGAUAGCAGAACUGCACCUGGAAGCUCCAUUAGAGGUAUCUGUAGUAAGCAAUCUAAAUACUAGCUCUUCUGAGACACAUGUUUUUAUUAAAAAAAAAAAACGACGUGAAUAAAUGGCUAAAAACCCUUUUUUUUUUUUUUUUUACCUUGUCCCAGCAUCGAUAUUCUUUUGCGAUGAGUCACUGCUCCGCCUCCUCCGAGCGGGUGCAUUAUGCCUCCCCACAGGAAAGCAUUGAAUCAAUGCUUUCCUAUAGGGAAAUAGCUGAUACUGGAUGUCCUCAUGCAAAGCAUGUGUAUCUUAUCCCCCAUUUUUCCUAUUGGUGUUUCUUGCACCCCUUGUGUGUCUUUUGCAAUCCCCCUUGUGUGUCUUACUUUUCUCCAGCCUCUUUCGGUGUCUUUCUCCUCUCCCAACCCUUCUGUGUCUUUUUUCACCCUAGCCCCUAGUUCUCUCUCUCCCCUUCUCCCUCUUUUAACUUUUAACUUUUUGCCAGCCUCUUUGUGUGUCUUUCUCUCAGCCCCUUUUCUGUGUCUUCUCCCCUGCACCUUGUCUCUGCCCCCCCCAGCCCCUCGGUUUAUUUGUAUCCCCUUCCCCAGCACCUUGUCUCUACGCUCCAGCCCCUCUGUGCGUCUUUCUCUCCCCCCAUCCAGCCCCGUUUGUGUGCUAUGCUACAAGCCAGGCCUUAAAAUUUACUCAGUGAAUAGAUGCAAAGUAUUUAAUCAUUCAACAACUCUUUUUUUGGAAUACCCAUAUAACAAAAUUAAAUGCAAGAAGAUGCUCCGUAACAUCUGCAGAUUUAUUGUAAAAAUUAAGUGAACAUGGCAAAAACACCUAAUAUAAAUGUUCGAAGAUUGAAUAAGAUUCCUUGCCAAAUCCUUACAUAGAAAUUAUGUUUGGGGUAGCGGUACUAGUAUCUCUUUGAGUUUUAAGAGUUACUACUACAAGUCAUAGUGUACCAUCUAGAGGUGAAUUUCAAGUUGCCAUGACUCCUUUUAACUCACUAGUGGUGAGGGGAAAUUUUGAUAUCGCUCCCUUUUGUCCCUUUCUCUCUCUGUAUGUGUGUAUAUUGGUAAAGAGAAAGAUUCCUACUGCAAUUUUAUAAUAUAGUUGAUUCUGCUAACCCUACAUGACCUUUAUCCAGUUUCAUCUAUGUCACAGGCUUGCAGUGAAUGACAAACCUGUUAUACAAUGGUAAAUCAACAAAGGUUGGAUUUGGGUGAGGCAAGUCAAGUAGAAGAGUAAACUGACAGAUUGAGAGGAAUCCCUAUUACUGGUUUUCCUCCUUCUUCAAAGCUGCCUGUGUAGUAAAAAUAAACUUUAAACAAAUGAUUCUGUCGGCACUUCACAGAAAUUGUGCUUACUCCCAAAUCCACUUGUUUCGUAGUAGCAAUGGCAAACCUAUGGCAUGAGCAUCACAAAGGCUUCUCUUCUAGCAUGUGAGACGGUGGUUUGCCGUGCCAAGGGUACAUUCGAUGGGAUCAGUAAUUCUGUAAGUCACACAGGCAGAGGUGCAUUGUCUCAGACUACUGCUACCCCCAUCAAAAUAUGGCAAUAUAUUCAUGAUUCCCGGGGUCGGAGCUUGGCUACUGAAGCAGCCGAUCGCAUGUUCCUGAAGCUCCGGGCUUCAUGCUACUGAAAGCCCAAUUAUUGGAGCCGUUACACCUACAAGCUGGACUCUGGGAAUAUCACCAGUUAGCCCAGAAGACAUGGGGCGCAAAUCUAAAAAGCCCAAGUCAGAUAGACCAAGCCUGGGGAUAAAUAUUAGAAAACUGUAGAGGCAGACGCAGGGCGCGUGCGGACCUAAAAUGGCCACCUCUCAGGAGGCUGCUCAGAUUUCUCAGAUGAGCUGUCUAUAGAAGGUGAGGAGGAACGCGUACCUGCAAUCCCGGCGCCAGACUCCGCUCCGGUCACCACCGCCGUUCUGCAAGAGCUCCAGGCAGACCUGAAAAACACCCUAUAAGACUAUAUGGCAACGAUCCGCGGAAACCUACAGGGCCUGACAGGCCGCAUUGGGGUGCUGGAGGAAGCCUUCCACAAAGGCACACAGCACAUAGACACACUGCAACAGGCGGUCCGAGAACUGCAAAGGCAGAACCAAACAUAUGAGCGCCGCUUGGCGGCACAAGAGGAUAUCAGACGUCUGAGCAAUUUAAAAAUCAGAGGGAUCUUCGAGGACAUUCCAGAAGCCGAAUUACCACACCUAAUGAGGUUGCCUUGCUGCCGCAGCAGCAGGCUAAGACUAUCCCCAAAUCGGCUAAAGCACUGGCUGGUGGUCCACUUCCAGAAUUGAACGGACAAAGCAGCAGUCCUUGCGGCCCUCAAGGGACAUCCCAAUACCAAUUUAAGAACAUGACCAUGGCUUUCUACCUGGACUUAUCAAGAAGCACCCUGGCCUGAUGGAGGUCCCUCAAGCCUUUAGCCUCAAUCUUGCAACAAAGAAAUAUGUUGCAGCUGGCGCCUGUCGCGCACACUCCAGGUUAUACAGACUCCACUUUCUCACUACAAGAUCUUCAAGGUGCAACAGCGUUGCUGCGAGACAUGGGUCUACCGCAGGACAGUCUGACCAGUAAAAACCCCACCACCGCUCCAAAACCUCCACAUGCAUGGAACCCGGCGAAAAUCAACAAGUUCACCCUGUGACACCCCUCGUCUGACUCGUAUGCGGCAGCCGCGACUUGAGAGCAGACCAACACACUACCUUACUUUAAUAGCAUUAGUUUUGUUUUCUCUUGUAUUAAUCUAUCAUUUUAGCUGAUUGUAGCUUUUUCUCUUUGAUAACCCCCCAGGCAAUAUAGACCGACCGAUACAGACACCUGUUUAUUCCCACCCCCAACUCAGGGUACUACUACCUAGCUCUAAACACUUACUAGACAAAUGAGGCGUUACAAUCUCCUUUAUACACCCAUAGCUGACACAAUACCUGACAAUGCAUAUGGUUAUGUACCUCAACGCCUGAUUUAUCUGUUUACGUAUGAUGUUGCUCUUUUUCAUUACACCAUACUCACCUUACCCUACUUAGCCCUGGAAGGGCAAUGUAGGCAUCAGUGGUACAGUAGCCUGCCCUUGCCUAGCAAAUGUGUUAAAUGUGGUUUGCUGUUUGUAUAAUUCCUGUGCAAGUUCCAUAACACAUAUUUGACUACACAUAUCUUACCCAAGUACACUAACACGUCAGCUCAACUCACUUAGUCUGCCAGUUUUUAAAUUCACUACUCUGACCUAUCUCUUACCUUAACAUAAAAAUUGUGCCUGUAUACCAGCUGCCACACCUUUUAUUGCGUAUUGCAUAUUGAAUUCCUACGUACCUUGCUACCACUGUUGUGGCAUACUGAGGCUACUUGUUAAUUUGUGCACGACAAAAAUAAAGAAUAAAAAAAAAUAAAUAAAUAAAAAUUAUUCCCUGGUGGUCAGGUUGUAGUGAAGACCAUAUUAAUCACUCCAUUGCAGAUUAAUUUUUCAAUGAGGAAGACAGCGCAGUCGCACUACCCACCUUUAUUACGGACUGCAAGACCAAAAGGAAAGAUUUAAUAUGGUCUGCACUUGGUGGAGGUGCAGAACAUGCACUCCUUCACUAGACCACCAGGACAUCGUUAUGAAGACCACAGUGGACCCAGAGAUUUAUUGUUAUCCCCCACUGACCACAAGGGAAUCAUUAAUCCCCCCACUGGAGAAUCUCCUCUUUGACCAAACAAAGUCAGCAGGAGAGGGGACAAAACAUAUUUUUUUUUUUCUAUUUUAUUAAUGCAGGUAAAUUAGCAUAAACAUCCAACACACAUAUCACAAACUGUACUGUAAUCCAGCACCGGUAAAAGGAGGCCGUCACAGAUCUCCCUCAGACAUCACGGCAGACCUUGCACGGUCCAAUUACAGGCUUCUCAUAGAGGCACCUGUGAUUGCACUGUUUUGCCAUGUUCAGAACUCAUGCGCACACUGAGCCAGGUUGGAAGUGAAUUUGAUUUAUUUAUUAGGUUAUUUAUUAAUGGAGUGAAUUUGAGGGUCCGCAGGGAGGGAAGAGUAGGCUUCCCUUUGCAUAUGCUCUUCCUUCAAGGGAGAAUAUUGUUACGCCUGUUGCCAGUGUGCAAUAACGACAGAUUUGACUGCCAAAGUGUUGUGUGGCGCAGGUGCAGGUAGCCGACAUAACAAUUAAAUGUUGAAACAUUUUUUGGGGUGCCUUUUUUAGAUAUGUAAAUGGUAUGGUUCUCUUUGUACUAGCACAAGUGAGCCAAAACUAGCUUAAAACCUGAGCGGAGAAUUUCUGAAGGGGAAUCUAUUUGAGUUUGUGUCCUUUCUUACUCUCGGUUUUAGUUUGUUGCUGUCAUACCUUCCAGGGUAUAUUUUAGCAGUAUUGCACCCAACCAAUAACUUCUUUCUGAAGUGGUUAUGUGGCUUUUAGUGCCCCUUUUAAACUUUAAUUUCUAUAUUUCAGUCUUGGAAGCUACUAAUGGUUAAAGGGUUAACCCAUAUUGAGUUAACAUUUUUGGCUUCCAAAGCCCUAUUGGGCAUUGCUAAUACUGUUGGUCCUUCCCCCUUAAAAUAUAGAAAAGAAAAAAAAGUUAAGAGUACAGUUAAUAAGACACUCCACACCCUGAAAGCACUUUGGCUUGCUGAAAAGCUUUGUGUGAAGUCAUUUAUUAUUAUUAUUAUAUUUUUUUUUUUUUUUUUUUUUUUAUUUUUUUUUUUUUUACUUUUUACAAAAUAGUGCAGGUUUCAAUAGAAAUUGACACCUUUAGAAAUUAACCUGGUUACACCCCCUUGGCUUUUAGGUUUGGUUAGCUUAGUGAAGCUAAACGCAAGAUGCAGCAAUUGCCCAGAGCAUCUGCCUUUUCUGCGAUUGAACAGCCACAGAAAGUCUGGUCUGGGUUACAACAGGAGGGCUGGUGAAGGCAGCAGACAAAAGAACUGCAGCAUUUGCAAACUGUUUUUAUAGAUACCCAAUCGGGAAAAAAAAAAUACAUAAAGGUAUUCAUGUCUCCAGUGUCACAUGUGCCCAGUUGUAUCUGGCCCCACCUUCACCCACUUCACACAAGUUCAAAUAUCUCUGAAAGUGCAGUUUCAAGCAGAAAGAAAUGAAGAUUGGAGUAACAUUUUAAUUGUGCUCAAAAAAAAAGGAAAUUAUGAUUCUCCUUCCCCCUCACCCCCUACAUUCUAAGGUUCACAUUUUAAAAUUAAAACAUUUAGAGGUGUCCACAUAGCAGGCUUGUUAAUGCGCGCGCACACAGUGUGUCAAAUACAUAGGUUAAGUAAAGUGAGCAUACCCUAGAAUUAUUGCAGCCCUAAAUUUUUGAAGGCACCUGAACUUAUUGAUAUCUGCAUGCAUUUUGUAAAACCACUUUUUUUUUAUUUUUUUUUUAUAAUGAAUAUUGCCACUGGUAGUCAUGUUUUCUCAUCAUUGUUUAUUUCCAGAAAAAGUUAGAGUAUCUGAAGAGUCUCGACCUGUUCAACUGUGAAGUAACAAACCUCAACGACUACAGAGAAAGUGUGUUUAAGCUCCUCCCACAGCUCACCUAUUUGGAUGGAUAUGAUCAAGAUGACCAGGAGGCUCCAGACUCUGAUGCAGAGGCUGAUGGUGAUGGUGUAGAUGAAGAGGAAGAUGAAGGUAGAUUCUUAUUUCAUUCACAUGUACCAAACAUGUUACACAGUUCUAGGUUUAAAAAAAAAACAAAGCCCAUCAAGUUCAACUUUGAAAUCCAAUAAUUUAUUCUGUUGAUCCAAACAAAAAACCCAAAGUGUAGCCAUUUCCAAUUAUACCACAAAAGGGGGUGAUGGGGAAUUCCUUCUUGACUCCAUAAUGACAAUCUGAUUUCUCUGUGGAUCAACAUAUGUACCACAUAUGUACCAAUUAUAUCCAAAAAAUAUCUAUUGAAUCUUUAGGUAGGGGAAUCAUACAUCUUCAUUGUUCUUACUGUAAAGAAUCCUUUCCUCUGCUGUAAGUGAAACCACCUUUCUUUCUGUCUCAAUGGGUGACCUCUUGUCUGUUGAAUAUUCCUGCUAAUGAACAGGUUAGCUCAUAGUGAUUUGUACUGACCCUGUUUAUAAAGAAAGGCUAGAAAAACCAAACUUGGUUUCUUUAGAAAAAGGCACCUCAGAGAGAAUAUGAUAGCACUAUACAAAUAUAAAUAUUUUCCAUCCCCAUUACUAGUUUUUCAACUUGCCUCUGUACUUUUUCUAGUUUGCAGUAUCAUUCUUGCAGAACUUGAAAUUGCACCACAUAUUCAAGGUGGACUCUUACCAUCAAUUUAUAAAGAGGCAAAAUUUUAUUUUGAUUAAGUGAAUCAAUACCCUUUUUUAUACACAAAACCACCGUACUAGCUUCAUCUUCAUCUGCAGCCCAGCAUUGCUUAGGUUGUGAUCUAUAAUUGUUCCAAAUUCCUUUUUAUUUAAUGUUAUCCCUAACUCUAUCCCAUUUAAUGUAUAAGUUACUUGUGGUUCCUUAUUUUAAAAUGACUUUACAUUUAUUCGUAUUAAAUCUCAUCUGCCACUAACCUGUCCAGUCCUUCAAUUUAUCCAAAUCCCUCUAUAGAGAAGUUAUAUCCUGCUCAGAUGGCAUUAUAUUACCUAGUUUUGUGUCAUCUGCAAACACUUAAAUAACUUUCAAUGCUUGAAGAUUAUUUAUAAAGAGAUGUGGAUCUAUGACAGAACCCCAAGGUACACAGUUUACUACUUCUGUCCAAUUUCCACUGACAACUACUCUCUGCACUCUCUUUAUGCCAGUUUUCAUCUAAACUAAUGGAUAUCAAUUUUAAAAGUAAUGUUUUGUGUGGAAUAGUGUCAAAUGCCUUAGCAAAAUCCAAGUAGAUCAUAUCUAUUGGAUCACCCUGAUUUAUAUUUCUACUAACUUCAUAGAACACAAUUCAUUUAGUUUGGCUUGACCGGUCUUUCAUAAAACCAUGUUGAUUCCUGCCAAUUAUAUUUUUGUUCAAAAUGAAUUCUUGAAUAUUAUCCCUUAACAGCCUUUCAAAUAAUUUCCCAGUCACAGAUGUUAAGCUCACAGUUCUGUUGUUUCCAGGUUCAACUUUUGAACCCUUUUUAAGUAUAGGCACCAUAUCUGCUUUUCUCCAAUCCUCUAAAACAAUUCCUGAAAGAAAAGAACCCUUAAAAAUUAAAAAUGGUGGAAUAGAUAUUUCUACACUAAACUCCCUAAGAAUGCGUGGGUGAAUACCAUCUGGCCUUGGGCUUUGUUUACAUACUUUAUUUCUGUAGCAUUUUAUCCUGUUUAUCCAAUCACGUUUCCUUUCGCCAAUCUAGAGCCAAAAAUUGUUCUUAAUCUAUAUACUGAAGAAAAUAAGUAAUUUAGCAUUUUUUACUUGUCCUGAUCCUCCUCCAAACCCAUCUCAGACUCCAGGCCAGCACUUUCACUCUUAACCUCUUUGGCAUUAAUGUACUUAAAAAAAAAAGAAAAGAAAAGAAAAAAAAAACAAUCAAAACUUUGGGGUUGGUCUUGCUCUCUUUGGCUACAAGCAUUUCAUUUUCAACUUUAGCCUAUAUAAUCUCCUUUUUGCAAGCCCUAUUGGCGUGCUUUUAUUUGUUAUAGAAUGCAAUCGACCCUUCUGAUUUCAAUGUUUUCAACUUUCUUUUAUUAUUUGACUGACACUUUUAGUAAGCCACGUUUGUUCUAAUAUGCUUCUUUUCGAUUUGAUUCCCAAUGGUAUGUAUUAAGAAAUGUACUCUUUUGUAGAAUUUCCUUAAAGGAACACUAUAGUCAUCUAAAUUACUUUAGCUAAAUAAAGCAGUUUUAGUGUAUAGAUCAUUCCCCUGCAAUUUCACUGCUCAAUUCACUGUCAUUUAGGAGUUAAAUCACUUUGUUUCUGUUUAUGCAGCCCUAGCCACACCUCCCCUGGCUAUGAUUAACAGAGCCUGCAUGAAAUAAAAAAAAAAACUGGUUUCACUUUCAAACAGAUGUAAUUUACCUUAAAGGGACACUAUAGUCACCUGAACAACUUUAGCUUAAUGAAGCAGUUUUGGUGUAUAGAACAUGCCCCUGCAGCCUCACUGCUCAAUCCUCUGCCAUUUAGGAGUUAAAUCCCUUUGUUUAUGAAUCCUAGUCACACCUCCCUGCAGGUGACUUGCACAGCCUUCCAUAAACACUUCCUGUAAAGAGAGUCCUAUUUAGGCUUUCUUUAUUGCAAGUUCUGUUUAAUUAAGAUUUUCUUAUCCCCUGCUAUGUAACUAGCUUGCUAGACCCUGCAAGAGCCUCCUGUAUGUGAUUAAAGUUCAAUUUAGAGAUUGAGAUACAAUUAUUUAAGGUAAAUUACAUCUCAAUCUCUAAAUUGAACUUUAAUCACAUACAAGAGGCUCUUGCAGGGUCUAGCAAGCUAGUAACAUAGCAGGGGAUAAGGAAAUCUUAAUUAAACAGAACUUGCAAUAAAGAAAGCCUAAAUAGGACUCUCUUUACAGGAAGUGUUUAUGGAAGACUGUGCAAGUCACAUGCAGGGAGGUGUGACUAGGAUUCAUAAACAAAGGGAUUGAGCAGUGAGGCUGCAGGGGCAUGUUCUAUACACCAAAACUGCUUCAUUAAGCUAAAGUUGUUCAGGUGACUAUAGUGUUCCUUUAAAGACCUUUGAUUUAUCCUAUGUGUUUGCCAGUGAAUAAUAUCUGCCAGUGGAUUUGUUGUAAAUAUGCCAUUAUCCUAUUGAAUUUGGCCUUUUUAAAAUUAAGGGUUUUUGUGCAGCCCAUAUGGUCCAAUCAAUGUCUGGAUAAUUAAAAUCUCCAAUGAUUAAAAAUUUGCCCAGUUAUGCAGCCUUAUUAAUUUGAGAUAGCAGUUGCUCUUCCCCAAUCAGCAUUAAGGUUUGUAAAAUAUUCCUACUAUUAAUGGAUAUCCCCUGUUUUAUUCUAUGCGUAUUUCUACCCAUAAGGCUUCCACAUCCUCACAUGUAUCAUCACAAACAAUUUUUUUAUUUUUUUUUUAAACGUCUUAUCAGUUAUGUCAUGCUCUUCCUUGUAUGCCAAAAUCUCAAACUUCCUCGUUUUCUUACAAGUUUCCUGCAUUGGCAAGCAAACAUUUAAAGUCACCAUUUAUUUCUUGAGUUUUGUUUGAAGAACAUGCAUUUAAUACCUUCUUGCUCUGCCUGCUAAACUUACCACUACCCCCAUCUCCACCUUCCUGGACUUCAGCUAAAUUCCAUUUACUGUCUAUAUUAUCUACCACAUUUAUCAGUCUUUUACCCUCUCCUUCUAAUUUUAAGCCUUCUCCUACCUUCCAGCCAUCCUCUCUGCCAGCAUAAAAGGUCUUCCAUUCAGGUGCAUUCCAUCACAAUUAUAAUAAUUGUACUCAAGUGCAGAAUCGUCUCAUUGCUCUAGAAAGCCAAAACAUUGCUUCCUACGCCAAGACUUCAGCCACGCCUUGACCUCUCUAAUCUCCCUCUGGCCUUUUAAUGUAGCACAUGACACGGGUAAAAUCUCGGCAGGGCCGCUCUAAGUGAAAAAAGUGUUGCCACCCCAUUCGUUCCACCCACUUGUGCAGACUUACCUAAACUGACCAAUACACGCUCACACUGACCCCCCUCCACACACACACACACUGACCCAUACACACACACACACGCUGACCCAUGCAGACUGAUACAUACACACACACAGACCCAUACAAUCACACACCACACACAGACCCAUACCUACAUACACAAAGAUACUGACUGACACACACUCUCUGAAACACGCAUUGCACUUUGCUUUUUAUUCCUGUCUUCUUUACUGCGCACGGCAGCCGACACUAUUUUCCAAGCCCCAUUUUCUCUUAUUCUCCCGCCCACUUUUGCUCACAUACAGGGCAAGUGGCGGGAGCGAGUGAAUGACACACCCUUGCGCUGCCGCGGUGCUUGGCUGAGAGAGGGGUCCUGACUUUUCAGGCUGUAGUGAAUGUCGGACCGACAUUCUCCCGGGCGCUAGUCUACAAGUAAGUGCUCCUUAGCGCCCAGUACCUUAGCUGGUGGUCGCCGCGGCCUGCUCUAUAUAAUCGAUUCAACCUGUUGGGGGGGGUGGCAGAAAAGCAGUAAAGCUCCGUAUAUCAGGCGGCUAUGCUCUAAGGGCAGCGUCACACCACUCCUUCAUAAGGAUAUAUCCUCCAAUAAAGAGAAAGAAAGACCAAUAUGGUGUAGUAUGUCAAUCAAAUAAAUAACCAAUAUAAGGUAGAUAUUGAGCUCACCUUAUCUAGAGCAAAAGGUCCUGGCUCUAAGGUAUAUAAGUGUAGCGCCACUAUAGAGGGGAGGGCACGUCCCCAAAAUGAAGAUUCCUGAGGAUGGAUAAGAUAUCUUAAAAUAACAAAACUAUUUAUUAGCAAAAAAGUUAAACGGUAAAUUAAAUAAAAUAAAUACUGUCCACACUGUAUUUUGAUAACUAAAAUCAGCCAAUACGCGUUUCACUUUCCUCUGAGCUUCUUCAGUCAGCUGUUGGUCCGUCUCGGGAAUCUGCCAUCUUAAAUAGCAUAAAGACACUCCCCUAGUAACAGCUGUAGUUAAGUUCAACCGAUUGGAGUGCUUCAGGCUAACUGCCCCUUUAAUUGUCUUGAAUUAUUAAUAUAUUUUUACCAUCUGGACUAUAUUUGUGUUCUGUUUUUUAUGUACUGAAUUUCGUACUUUAUAUACCUGUUAUAAACAGGGGUAAGACAUUCCCCAUAUUUUUGCACUUUAGCGCUCCACUAUAGGUACAAGUGUAUCUUGUACCGUUAGAAGGUGAACCCUUUGAUACUUGCCCACUAAAACUGCAAAUUUUAAAGUGGUGUUCUAAUUAUUUAUUUAUUAUUGCCAUUUAUAUAGCGCCAACAGAUUCCGUAGCGCUUUACAAUAUUAUGAAAGGGGAUUUAACUAUAAAUAGGACAAUUACAAAUAAACUUACAGGAACAAUAGGUUGAAGAGGACCCUGCUCAAUCGAGCUUACAUUCUAUAGGAGGUGGGGUGUAAAACACAUUAGGACAGGAAUGUGCAAUCAAAUAAGGUGGGCUGCCCUUUAGGAGAGGGCAAGAGACGGGUAUGUGAGGUAGGGGUUAGUCUUGGAGGCCAUAAGCUUUCCUAAAGAGAUGGGUUUUAAGGCACUUCUUAAAAGAUGCAAGACUAGGGGAGAGUCGGAUGGCGGUAGGCAGGCUAUUCCAUAGGAAGGGAGCCGCCCGCGAGAAGUCCUGCAAGCGCGAGUUGGCCGUACGGGUGCGGACAACGGACAGGAGGUGGUCACGGGCAGAGCGGAGAGACAGAGAAGGGACAUACCUGUGGAUCAGUGAGGAGAUAUGAGGGGCUAGAGUUGUUCAGUGCUUUAUAGGUGUGAGUUAGUGCCUUGAAUUGACUCCUAUAGCACACAGGAAGCCAAUGUAAGGACUGGCAGAGGGUUUAGGUGUGAGAGAACCGACUAGAGAGGAAAAUCAGUCUAGCAGCAGCAUUCAUUACAGACUGUAGGGGUGCAGUACGGCUUUUGGGAAGACCAUGGGUUCAAAUUCCCAUGGGUUCAAAUUCCUACUUGGAGAUAGCCUAAAAGGCAGGCUGUGUAGAUAAAAGAAACAAAGCACCUGUUUAUUAGACUAAAAUCCUGCACGUCACUCCCUGGUAUCGUAUGAUAUAACAUACAGGGAGACGAAACAAAAAAAAAAAGUUUUAUAUAUAUAUAUAUAUAUAUAUAUAUAGGUUUAGUCUGUAUAUCUUGUUGGUCAUCUGUAAUGAUAUUACCACUGAUAUUAUUCGGAGUGCUAAGUAAUUAUUUUUGAAAAAGAAAAUAUGUUAUGUUUUUUUGUUUGAGGGGGAGGUUCUUUGACUGACCGAUUCGCUUUUAUUGAUUUACCAAUGUGAACCUAUCCUUUGACAGAAAUAUAUGGCUUUGUUUAUGAACUUAAUACUUGCUUCCUCUCCAUCAUCGACUCGAAAGUCUUCCUCGUGACACAAAUACAUGGGAUUCCUUUCUAGCACAUCUGCGUCACAAAGAGUGGCAACCUCCUCUUGAAUACAAUAUUCAUCUAGAUUGCCAUAAAAAUAAGUAUAUGGAUUAAAUGUUUCUCCCUUUUAAUUUAGUGAUGCGUGUACCAUAAAAGUUGCACUUGAGCCUAUAAUUUUAGUUUUCCGUGCUUGUAACCAUCCUUUUAAAAGAAGAGAUCUGGUGGUCUCAUGUUUGUUUGUUUGUUUUUUCCCCAGAAGGCGAAGAGGAAGAAGACGAAGAGGAAGGUGAAGAGGAGGAUGAUGUAGAUGAGGAAGAAGACGAGGAUGAUGAUGAGGAAGAAGUUGGAGAAGAAGACGAUGAGGAAGAUGCCAGUGGAGAAGAGGUUCAUAAAAUAUUAUUUUAUCUAUGCAUUUCAUGUAUAUUGCAUUUAGCAUAUUUAAAAUGGUGAUUGUCUCUAGACUAUUGUUCAUAUUGGUAAAGUAAACCUUAUAGGCAAACUACCUAUCUUACACAUAUGAUAUGGAUCUAAUCUGAUAUUUUAAAAUCAUAGAUAGGUUUGAUGUUGAUCCAUUUUAGGAGGAAUAAUCCUGGUGUGCUAUUUUGUUUAACCCCUUAACGCCGUUACGGCGUUCUAUGCCGUCCCCAUUUAAAUGUGCUUUAAAGCUGUUACGGCAGCAUAGAACGCCGUUACGGCUUUCAGCCCUUGGAGCCUCCAGCUACUUACCUCCGCUGCAAUCCUCUUUGGGAGGACUGCCUGACAGCCCAGGCAGCCCUCCCCCGGCAAAUCAGGCCCCCGGGGGCCAUGUGAUCGCUCUCAAAGAGUGAUCACAUGGCCUCCUAUAGCUGGCUGUGGGUCUGCCAGUAGGGGGACUGUCUGGGCUGUCAGACAGUCCCCCUGCUGGUGGGAUGUGUAAAAACAAUAAUUAAACAUGUUAAAAUAAAUGUAAUGUGUGUGUGUGUGUAUGUAUAUGUGUAUAUGUAUAUGUAUAUAUAUAUAUAUAUAUAUAUAUAUAUAUAUAUAUAUAUAUAUAUAUAUAUAUAUAUAUAUAUAUAUAUAUAUAUAUAUAAUAUGUAUAUAUAUAUGUAUAUGUAUAUAUAUGUAUAUAUAUAUAUACACAAAAAUACUCUUGGCACUCACCCAUUAAAAACUUUUUUCUUUGAUGUCUUUGCCUGGGUGCAAACCUCAGCGUGGGUAUAUAUAUUUUCCAUAGAAAAAAGGUGCACUCACAGGACUUCUUCCAUCAGUGAUUUUAUUCUAAGUUGUGCAUUACAUUCGUAAUCUUCAAUCAACGUUUCGACCCCUAAAGGGUCUUUUUCAAGAUCUUUCUAUGGAAAAUAUAUAUAUAUAUAUAUAUUAUGGAUUUUGCUUCCCAAGCACUACCAAGCCUCAAUAAGCAAACCAGUAACCAACCUCAUGCUGAUGAGUUGCAUUAACAACGAAACAGCUGUCCAUGAGUGGUUCACUGAUUUUGCAUCUUUUCCUAUACAGUAUUGUGUUUCAAGCUGUUGUACACAGCAAACAUAGAUUAAAAGGAAUCCAUGUUUAAAAUGGAAUGAGGCAAAAAUGUGAUUCUUUGUUAAACUAAUUUGCAUAUGCCCACCCAGAAUCCUUUGCGGUUGUAACAUCGCUACAGUUUUGGGAUUUCUGUGGGAAAAGCAAGUCUUAUGGCUUGACUGGUGUGCAGAUUUUUGUUUAACAUUGUAUUAAUUAUCCACAGACUUCAGGUGGAAGGGGUUUUCAAUCACAAUUUUUCCCCACCAUAAUAUAUAUAUAUCAUCAUACGUAGUGUAUUUUAAUAUAAGUACAUAUAUUAGUAUUAAAAUACACUUAGAAUGAAGUUACACAUAUAUAUAUCCUUUUAUAUUUAUAUUAGUGGAAAAUGUAUUCAAAGUUUCCGUAAUUUUCUUUUCCUGGCUAUUAUUCAUGGCAGCAUAUACACAUGGGUUAGCUCCUCCCCUUACAGCCGAUAGGACAGGAAAACCACCAAGGUUUUAAAAGGAGGCUCCAUCUCUAAGGUCCUCAGUCAGUUUACAAGCUCUACAGUACAUAGAUAGAGACAUUAAUGGGUGGGAAGUAUAUGCUGCCAUGAAUAAUAGCCAGGAAAAGAAAAUUAUGGUAAGUAUGAAUAAAUUUUCCACUUUCCUGGCUAAUCAUGGCAGCAUAUACACAUGGGGAAUACCCAGGCUUAUAAAGGGAGGGACAGAAUAGCCAAUCAAAUAAUCAGAAUAAUUCAACAUAGAUAGAAGAAUGAACUGAGUAAAGUACUUGAGUACCAAAUUGUGCAUCAUAGACUGUUUUAACGAACAGUAUGAAAUGCCAGACAAACGUGUCUAAAGAGGUUCAAAUGCUAGCUUACAAAAAGUGUCAGCAGAAACCGUUGCCAUGGAAACCCACAAUGCUGCAACAGCAUGAGAGGAGAGUGCCCUGAUACCCUCCAGCACAGGUAGAGAACGGACAUGACGUCCAAAUUGUGCCUCAUUAAUUGCUUCAAUGUCCAAUAUGUAAUGCAGGACAAACUAGUUCAAAGAGGUCCAAAUGCCAACUUUACAAAGUUUCAGCAGAGACCAUUGACAUGGAAGCCCCAAAAUCCUUUGGUACAGGUUGAGAAUGGCAUUGAAAGGCUCUCACUUUAGGCAGGAUCUCUGGUGCUACGGAUGCUUGAGUUCAAUUGUUGCAUACAUGAAGCAAAGCACCAGGGGCAUCAACGAUCAAUGGGCACCCUUCAGUACAGCUAGAGAAUGACAUAGAUAAGCAUUCACCAUAGGCAGGAUCUUCAGGUGCCAAAUGCAAGACGACCAUAUCUGUUGAAAAGUAGUGAAAGGGGGUUCACAGGAUCAAGCCUGGAGUUCACCCAUUUUCCUUGCUGGGGUACCAGCCACCAGCACUUCCUGUGCCACCACCAUGGAAGCUCCUUCUAGCUGUUCGAAUAAUGGUUUAGUCAGGGCCCGUAGGACCAGUGGUACGUCACAUAUUGGCUUCACCACACUCAGUGGAGGUAUGAUUUCAAUCAAUGCCUAUAUGAAGCUAAGUGCUCCUCUAGGGUGUUAUAACACAGAACCUUUCAAGGCCUGAACAAAGGAGUAAUUCCAACAGACAAAAGCAUGUCAAGCUUUGUAAAGCCUGUAUAGGAUUGUAAGAGGAUCUCAAUGACGGUCUCAGGAAUGCCUAAUAUGGACUCCCGCAUCAACACCAGAACUUGAGGCUCCUGGUGUGUCAAGGGGCCUUGUAAUAGGUCUGGACGUACUGGAAUUUCCCUUGGAGGUUCCAGAAUCAUCUUAUUCAUCAUAGGAAUUAGUCGACACGGCCCUUCCACUGUCACCUUUUGCAUUACCUUUUUAGGAAAGUCGAAAGCAGGAAAAUAUGUACAUCAGACUAAAAUUCUAAAUUUGAGUCAGUGUAUCCUGAACAUGAGCAUUCUGGUCCUAGCAUGUAGAAAAUACUUCUGGAUCUGGUAGUUCCAAGAAAUGGCCAUCAGAUCUAUGUAGGGUAUCAGACAAAUCUGCCUCAACCCCGAGGAUACGUCGUGACAUGGUUGCCUUGUCCACAGUUAUUCGGCUCAAGCAAACAGCCAUUGUAUUCUGAGCCCCUGGUUGUUCUUCUGUGCCCUGAUCAUUAUGGGCUGGAAUUCCAUACAAAUGAAUGGAAAUAUUGUGCAACAUGGUCCAAACACUGUGCAACCAAUCUUAUAAAAACUGAAAUUCAAGCUAAUAAUUGACCAAUGAGGUUCUGUUCACUGGAAAAUCAGAGAUCUAAUCCCUCUUUUCAGCUAUCAGGUAAGGUGUAACUCCACUGAUGGGGACAUAGUCAGAGGCUGGCUCCAAUAAUCUUUCUCUUGUUAAACCAAGAUAGGAAGGAUCUGUAAGGAAUCCAGAGAUGCCGUUGGGCCCAUCUGACAAGUCUGCUGGUGGAAGCCAGAAUUUCCUAGUAGUUGCAUCUAUUUUCUUGCUGUUACCAAGCAGAAAUGCAGAAACUGGGAGAGAAAUCCUUCACAAUCUGUGGAACUGUUCCUGAGAUAGGGAAAAGCAGAGCAUAGAAUUUUCCACUCUGGAAUGUCAACCACUGAGCUGGUGUGAAACUGCUUUUCUGGAUAUUAAACAAGCAGCCAAACUUUAGGAGUUAUGAAAGAACUAUAUACCUCUGUGUGCCUGCCUUCUGAUGGUCUAAGACUAUCAGAAGUAGAUCCUCCAGAUAACGGAACCAGGUGGAGUUCUGGACUCUCAAUAACACUAUAAGCACAUAUAAAGAUUCUUGGGGCCGCAUUGAGGCCAAAUGGUAGAGCACUAACUUGGAAGUUCUCUUCUGAGCUAAUGCCGAAGAUCUCUGCAGAUUGGACUGAAAGUAAGCAUCCUUGAGAUAUAUAGAGGUAAGGAAAUUAUCCUUCCAGAUUGCUUGAGAUAUGGAUCUGAUUGACUCCAUCCCAAAGACUCUGACAUUCAGCCUCUUGUUGGCCCCUCUUAGGUCCAGUGUAGGCUUCCAUGUGCUUUUCCUCUUAGCACCAGAAGAGAGGCGAAAAUUGUCCCUGGAACUGCUCUUGUUCUGGGACCUAAAAAAAAAAACCACCUCUUCGUCCAGAGGCUUCUUCCUUCAGUGCUUUACCUUUUGAUUCAUUGGUCUUAAUACUCCUGUUGGUAUGGAGACUCCUGUGCCUGAAGAAAAAACUCCAGUCUAUAUCAAUCUGGACUAUGGAUACCACUCAAGCCUCCAGAGUAUGACAAGCCCAGGUAUGUGUGAUCAUAAAAAUGAAGCUCCUAGUACUGGAGGAGACAUGUUCAUUGCUGAAGAGCAAAACGACUGCUUAAUAGCUCCAUUAGAACCUUGAAAGGUAGGUUUACCAACUGCCAUGAGUUACCUCUGGAGUAUACCCUGCAGGGUCAGAAGCUCCAUGUAUCUCAGAAAUACUGGUCACUGGAGGUUCUCCGGUCCGACUAUGAGGAGCUGGGAUCCUUGGAACUUCUGUCCUGAGGUACAAAUAUCUUUUUUUCAAUGUAAUUAUCCAAAGUUUUCCCAAACAGCACCACCCCUUCAAAUAGAAUGGUGUAGAGGGCAGACUUGGAGGAUGAGUCAUCAUCCCAGAAACAGGACCAUAAUGCUUUCUUAGCUGCUAUAGAUAAAGCCAUUUGAUCCAGAGAAUAUCCAAGGUACAUCGAGGGAAGAUUCUGUGAAGAAGUCAGUUGUAACCUGAAGACUUCAGACUGCCUCUUCAAUCUUGGCUCUUAAUCUCUCUCUCCAUAGUAGCCUUUAGAUCUUAAAUCACAUAUUUCAUGUUUGUAGAAACAGCAACGGAAGUCACAGCUGGCUGGAAUCCUGCAAUGGUAGGCGUAAGAUUUUGGACAGGUCUGCGUCCACCUAUUGUCCAUAAGUUUGCAACUUAGGUGGUGUAGUUCUGGGGUUGGAAAUAACUUCCUCCACAGUGUAAAGCCUGGCCUCUUUUCUUACCCUUAAGGCCUCUGGAAUUUACUUUGUAAGCCCUGCCCGCAUGUCAUGUGGCUGCACAGUGAUGGUGAUGGUCAUGCUGAAGCGACAACCUUCUGGAGGCAGUCAGUGCAUAACCGAUUCCUUCCACUGUUUUCUCCUCAUAACCAGAUCCAGGUGAAGAAUCGGACAUCUGACAAAAAAUAACUAAAUAUUACCUGUGGUAAAAUAUUAAGUAAAAAAGUGCACUGUUAAAUUCUAUAAGAAACCAGUGAAACAGCUUUAAAACAGGCUGAAAACAGUACUUAUCCAUGUCUGGAGACCCUGCAAAUACUUACCAAAUUAGUGUGGUAUGAUUACUGUAAUUUUCCCUUUAUUUUAGGAACUUUCUACACAAAAAACAAAUAUGAAUGCUAACUUUGGCCAGUGUUUGUGACUAAGUGGCUACUACAAAAGACUGGACAUACCACACUUGCAAUACCUUGGGUUGUGUACUUUUGCAAAUGUGUACUUUUUGUUGUUAAACAUUUUGGACGGGGACCUAGAUUAUGAACAUACAAAGAAAGUCACCCAUCAGUUGGCUUGUUCAGUGUUGUUAAAAAGUAAAUAAAAUGGAGGAUCAUGCUGCUCCUACUGAGGCAUUGUAUGUCACCAGGGACAGACAACCCAUGUGUUUCUUAACCCUUUUCCAACAAAGGACGUGCUAUGCCACUUUAUCGCUGUAAGACAACAUAGCACGCCAAUUAAAACACAGUCAAUAUGAGAAUUUCAUUAAGAUGUUAUGAAAUGCCCAUAUUUCUGCCUUAAGCAGAGGUUACUUCUCUCCCUUCUUGUCCAUGUAGACAAGUCGUGUGUGUGUGUGUGUGUGUGUGUGUGUGUGUGUGUGUGUGUGUAUAUUUAUAUAUUUAUGCAAUAUUUGUUUUGCCUGUUUUUUUUAAGAUAUCCUUGAUAGACAUUGGUCUUAUCAUUAGGUUUUCCAUUUCUCUGAGGAAGGCAGCGCUGCUACAGAAAAUAACUUGCAAGGAGAAUUCCAGUUUAACUAUUUUGACCUUGGAAUUUCAGUCCGCUAUGUUUAGUUUGGCUACUCUGGACUUGAUUUUGAAAUUCAGUUUUGAAUUCUCAUUUUAGUAAUUUUGAGGGUUUGUUUGGUAGUUCUCUGGGUGUUGAAGAGUGAUGUGCCUUCUUUAAUCGCAGGGGAACCAAUUUUAGGUCAUGAUCCAUGGAUUAACAAUUACUGGUCCAAUCGUUUCUAGUACGACUUUGGCUCUAAUUAGUACUUCCUUUAGAAUAUAAGCCAGUUACUCCUUUUUAUCUUUCUUUAGGAAGAAGAUUUUGGUCAUGACGGAGAAGUAGACGAGGAGGAAGAAGACGAAGAGGAAGAUGAUGAUGAAGGUUGGUGUAGAGCCAUAAAUUAUAGAAGUAGAUAUACCAGAUAUAAAAAAAACAAAUGCAUGAUUCAAUUUGCACGAAAUUGUGCCCAGUUUGACCAGAUAUUUGUGGCAACAACACUUAGACUCCUGACUCACAUUGAAUAAAGUUGGCAAAUACAUUUUUAACACUCUGCACUAGAGAGAAAUAAUACAUUUUAAAGUUGUUAGCUCAUUACAGCAAGAUGUGAAUGAUUGCUCUUAAAAUAUGGACAUAUUGUCACAAUUUGAUUUUAAAGGCACUGUAGGCACCAUUUCAAGCAGUCUUAACGAUAAAUAAGGGACGCUGGCCACCCACAGUCUUGCAACCUACUAUAGGUUUAGCAAAGGUAGAGAAUACACCUUUCCUUCUAGUGAUACCAAUUCAUACCAGCAAUGGUCUCUCUGAUAUGCUUAAAGUGGUCAGCAGACACACUGGCCAAUCACAGCUGCCUAAUGCUGCUCAGGCUCAUUAGCCCAUGAAGCACAGGGGGGUUGGGCUGCUUGAGACUCUUGUUUAGCAUUAAAACAUUAAAAACAGUUUAACACUGAGUGAAAGGAUGGUGCUGGUAGACUUUAGGCACUAUAACCACUUCAGUGAGUAGUUACAGCAGGUAAACUGAUAUAUGUAGGAAGACAAACACAAUGUCCACCUAUGAUUUAGUUUAUCGUAGAAAUUCACAUUUAAAAAUGGUAUACACUGAUUACACAUUAUAAGCAUGGGUUUUAAGUUAGCCACUGUACAGAGGGUUACUGGUCCUUUUAGUUUGUGUUCUGUUCUCCAUCUCCACGCCAUUCCUGCUGGUGUCCUGCCUGUGUCACUUCCUUUUGCCAAAUGUUCACUGUAAUGGCUUCCAAGGUGGAGUUACAGAGUUCUGAAAGUUAUAGCUUGCAGGAUUCAGCAAGGGCAAAAUGCUGUGAUCACAGAGAAGAUUUUGAAGUUUAUGCUGCCAAAGAAAGACCCCACCACUAACAAUAUUUAAAAUAAAAGGUGUUUUUUUUACAAACUAAAACCCUAGACCUGUCUAAUAUGCAAAACUGGUUUCCGAAUUUUAUAUGGUGCAUAGUGGAAAUGGUACAUAAUGAAGGCCAUGACCUAGCAGUAGUUUUACCAUCAGUGCCUUUUCUCUGAAAAGGCAGUGUGUUUACUUUAAAAAGCCUGCAGGGACAGGCAAUAGACACCAGAACCACUACAUUAAGCUGCUGUUCUUGUGACUAAAGUGUCCAUUUAAGCUAAACUUGCCAAUGCUACCAGCUAAACCAGUUUGGAAUUCACCAGAGGAAAUUUUUAGGCCAAACAAUUCACUUUUUAGAGAAAGUCACAGUAAGUUUGCCUGCUUCCCAGUUGAGGCAUUACACAUGCAACUUUUUUUUUUUUCUUUCUUUCUCAUCUGCAUAUGGAAAUUGCUACAUAUCCUGUCUACUUCUCUGCUAAUGAUGUCUGUUUUUGGUUCUGUAGACGAAGAUGAACCUAAAAAGGGAGAGAAAAGGAAGAGAGACACAGAUGAUGAUGGUGAUGAAGAGGAGGACUAGAGGAUGGACAAAAAGAGAUCAAAAAAAGGAAGAAAAAAAAAAUGAAAAAAGGACCUUAAUGGAUAAUGCAGUAUUGAUUUAAACUGGCCCCACACAUGGAUUUCCAAUAAUCGAGCUGAUAUACAGGUUGCAAAAAGGUCGUAGCAAUUAAACAAGCCCCCAUCCUUGAUCACCCAGAAGCCAAAGAGUCGUUACUGUGACAUUCCUACAGCCAAUAAACCCCUACUGGAAGCUUACAACAUGGUUUAUACUUAAGUUUCAAAAAGCAAAAAAAAAUAUAUAUAUAUAUAUAUAUAGAUAAAAUAUAUACCAAACUUUCAGCUAAACAAACUUGGUCAAUGCUUUUACUAUUAUGUUGGGGUUCUGAAGGGUUUCUGAGUUAGAACACUGAGGGUGUAAUUGGUGAGUCAUGAUUGUCAAUGGCUACCUGUUAAAUAGAGGUUGAAGCACCAUUUUUACUUUCUGUACAACAACGGAAAAAAAGAAGAAAAAAAUACCUUUGUAAAUAAAAUCUUAACAUUUUGGGUCUGUUUUUCAUGCUUUGCUUUUUUUAUUUUCUUCUUUUUUUUUUCUAACAGUUCAAUAUUUUUUUAUAGUAGGAUGUUUUUUGCGACAACUACAGAUGAUAAAGUAUUUUUUAAGAACAUGAGUGAAAUAAACAUGUUGCUAUUUGGUAAACUCUAGUUGUAUGUUUACGUUUCUGAAUGAGAAUUUAAAUUAUUUUAAUGGUGUAGUCCCACUGAAUGAAUCCAAUAU